AUUAAUAAUAAUAAUAAUAAUAAUAAUAUGACAAUUGAACAUCACGUGUUGUUGGUACAUCAUCUUCAUAUGUCAUCACUAUAGUGAUACGUACAAAAUGAUCUUUUCCAUUUUUUUUUUUUAUGUCAAUCUGUUUUUUUUAUUGAGGUAAAGAUAGGGUCAUUUCCAGGAUGAUUGGCUAGACAAAAGGUCCACCCCCACUGUCCGGGUGGACGUUUCCAUCCCACUAAGAACAAAACCACAAACUCUAGAAACAACAUAUUUGCCAUAUGUCUCUUGACUCUAGAAAUCCUAGUAGGGAGUUUUUUUUUCAUUAACAAUAUUAGGAGUGGAAUCAAUUAUGCUGAGAUUGGAAUGGAUGUGUGGACCGCAACCACUUCAGAAUAAUACCGGGCCAUGUAUUCCAGUGUGGGGCGUAUUGUGUUUGAAAUGGGAUCUAGCAUUAAUAAGUAUCUUUUCAAGUUAGGAGUAAAAGGUUUUGCCAUUACCUCGUUAUUGAUCAGGGUAUGAAGCCAGUCAAUUCGGAACAGAUAUUGUAGUUCUGUCAUGAAAAGUGAUGAGGGAGGAGGGGAGGCAGGGGGGGUCAAGUUGGCUCCAGACUUGUAGUAUGGUCUUUUGUCUUACUGCCACCACUAUUUUACUGAAUUUCUUAUUUGAGUAGUGGUGAUCAGUGAUAGGACACAGUAGUGUACUUACCUUACCCGGGGACCGGCCGAGGUCCUCUCUUCCUGCCGCGUGCGGCUCUCCGAUGAAUGCGGGCACGGACCUCGAGAUGAGGUCACGUGUCCCGCCUAGCUCUAAGAGUGUGCCGCUCGUCUCGGGCACGCUCUCAAAAGGGGCAGUGGGAGCCAAAAAAUACAACAGUCUCCCAUUGGCCCCUGUCAUCCCACAUUCCCCAUACACUCACAUUUUGGGGGCGUGGAUAUGACAGGGGCCAAUCAAAGUAAAGGUUAGGGUAUUUAUACUUACCUCUCCCUUAACUCCCUGCCCUAUCGUGGUUUCUGUUUCAGUUCCCUUUAGCGCUUGUUGUGUUCAGUUGUGAUUUUCGUGCUUGACCUUGGCUUUGUAUCUGACUCCGUUUAUUUCUUUAUCCCUGUUUUGUCUUGUUUGCCGGCUUACUGACUACUGUGUACCAGACCUUGGCUAGUUUUUGUUCUCACAGUCUCUUUGUUCCCUUGACCUUGGCUCGUUCUUGACUCUGUCUAUUCUCUGCUAUCCGGCAAGUCCGGCCAUUCUAAGGUCCGGUAAGACGUAUCUGCUCUAUCUGUCGAUUGUUGGACUAAAUCUUCCGUGUUGGGGUAAACUACCGUGACAUUACGAUAGGGCCGUGGACCCCGCAGAUUUAAGUCAGCAAUUGGCUUCUCAUGAGGCUAGAUUUUUUAGAGCAGGAUCACCGUAUGGAUCAGCUAGCUCAGGCCCUCCAGACCCUCUUAUCUAGAACUACUCCGGUAACCGUACCAACUCCUACUGCACCCCUUGUUCCAGAUGUACCCACCAUGCCUAAUGCUUCUACACAUUUAACCCCUCCAACUAGGUAUGGAGGGGAUGCUAAGACAUGCGGGGAUUUAUUAAUCAAGUGGAAUUCCACUUUGAGAUGUAUCCACGUUCCUUUCCCACUGAUAGAUCUAAAGUUGGAAUCCUUAUGCACCAACUUACUGAUAAAGCAUUUGAGUGGGCAAAUCCUAUUUGGGAGGCUAAUGGUGCAUGAUUUCGAUAGCUUCCUUACGGCUUUUCGUAGAACCUUUGACACAACUAAAAGGUCAAAGAAUGCCGCCAGGGCAUUAAUGAGAAUUAAACAGGGUUCUAGGUCUGUUGCUGAUUAUGCUACUCAGUUUCGUACCCUUGCUUCGCAGGUAGAUUGGACCAACAAUGGGCUAACUACAGAAUUUAUGGAAGGUCUAUCUGAUACUAUAUUGGAUGAGGUAGCAGCUAGGGAUCUUCCUAUCCCAUUAGAGGACCUUAUUGACUAUCUUAUUGAUAUAGACAAUAGGAUUCGUGAUAGACUCUAUACUAAGAAUAGGAAUAGACGUUUUGCUACAUUAAAUACUCCUAGAGUUGCUAAUCCUGAGAGUUCUAAGGUAUCAGAGGAGGAACCCAUGCAAUUAGGGGUUGCCAAACUCACUGAUGCUGAAAAAUUGUAUAGGAGAAAGGAGGGACUUUACCUGUACUGUGGUAGGAAGGGCCAUAUGCUAAAAGAAUGACCCGUGCUUCCGGAAAACUAUCGCACCUAAGGCCAUAUAGGGGACUGGCCUUGGGUGUGAUAUCUAAGUCCCCAAAAUUGCCUCUUAAUUGACUACUUCUCCCUGUUCUCUGCAUCUGGAGAAUAAUUGCAUAGCAAGAAACAUACUAGCCCUGGUUGAUUCCAGGGCAGCUGAGAAUUUCAUAGAUUCUAGAUUUGUUAGGAAACACAACAUACCCAUUAGAGAGAAGAAGACACCCUUGGCCAUUGAGGCCAUAGAUGGUAGACCAUUAUGCUCCCCAGUUAUCACACAUGAAACCGAACCGUUGCAUAUGUAAACAGGGAUGUUACAAUCAGAAACCAUUCGGUUUCAGGUCAUCACCUCUCCUUCCUCUCACAUUGUGUUAGGGUACCCAUGGUUACGUUCUCACUAUCCCAUUUUUGACUGGGAGUCAGGACAAAUAGUAUCUUGGAGUGAAACCUGCCAAGAGUCUUGUAUCGUUAAAAUCACCCCUUUAAAUUCUACAAAUGUUCCUACUACUCCUCCUUUGUCUUCUGUUAUACCUCCUCAGUACAUGUGUCUUAAGUCUGUCUUCGAUAAAAGGGCUGAAAAAUUACCGCCUCAUAGACCCUACGAUUGUGCUAUUGAUAUAUUGCCUGGCACUAUAUCUCCCAAAAGCAGGGUGUAUCCUUUGUCUCCUCAAGAAAACCGUGUCAUGGAGGACUAUAUUAAAGAAUCUCUACAAAAAGGAUUUAUAAGGAGAUCCUCUUCUCCGGCAGGGGCAGGGUUCUUCUUUGUGUCGAAGAAGGAGGGCGAUUUAAGACCUUGUAUUGAUUAUGGAGGUCUAAAUAAAAUCACCAUAAAAAAUGCUUACCCUAUACCAUUAAUCACGGAAUUAUUCGACAGGCUUAAACAAGCUACUGUGUUUACUAAACUGGACCUUAGAGGUGCGUACAAUCUCAUACGUAUAAAAAAGGGCCAUGAAUGGAAAACUCCAUUCAAUACUAGGAGUGGUCAUUACGAGUAUACCGUGAUGCCAUUUGGUCUUUGUAACGCCCCAGCAGUUUUUCAAGAAUUUAUUAAUGACGUCUUACGAGAGUUCAUUCACUCAUUUGUGAUAGUGUACUUGGACGAUAUAUUAAUAUAUUCAACAGAUUUACAUACUUAUCACAUGCAUGUUAAAACAGUUUUGAAAACCCUUCUUGUUAAUGGUCUUUAUUAUAAACUAGAAAAAGGUUUGUUUGAUCAAUCCGAAGUCCAGUUUUUGGGUUAUAUAAUUUCUGCUAAGGGUUUUCGUAUGGAUCCCCAGAAGCUUUCUGCUGUCAUGGAAUGGCCUCUACCUCAGGGCCUGAAAGCCAUUCAGCGUUUUCUUGGUUUUUCCAACUAUUAUAGACGCUUUAUUAAAGGUUUUUCUUCUAUUGUAGCGCCUAUAACCCGUAUGACUAAAAAGGAUGGUAAUACUCGUGACAGCAUCCUGUCCCUUCUUUGCCUUAUAUUCUUGAAGUUGAUGCUUCUGAUAUUGGGGUGGGUGCUGUCUUAUCUCAAAUAGAAUCACCUGAUAAGCCAUUACAUCCUUGUGGCUUCUUUUCCAAGCAAAUGUCCAAAGCCGAAAAGAAUUAUGACAUAGGCAAUCGAGAACUCCUUGCUAUUGUUUUAGCACUUAAGGAAUGGAGACAUCUUUUAGAGGGUACUAAGGACCCCAUCCUCAUUUUUACUGAUCACAAAAACCUUUCCUACCUUAGUGAAGCCAAAAGAUUGUCUUCUAGGCAGGCCAGGUGGUCACUGUUUUUAUCUCAUUUCAAUUAUAUCAUCACCUACAAACCAGGUGAACGUAACACUAAAGCCGACGCUCUGUCCAGACAAUUUGAAACUACCGACAAACAAGAGUCCCCCAGACAGAAUAAUAGCUACUACGGUUCUAUCUAUUUCUUCUUCACUCUUACAGGUUAUACAGGCUAAACAAAACAUGGCACCCAGUGAGAAACCUGCUGAUAAACUGUUUGUUGACGUUCCCGAAAGACGAGACAUUAUGUUGCUAUAUCAUGACACCAAAACUGCUGGACAUCCUGGUAUUUCUAAAACCUUAACAGCAGUUUCUAGAUAUUUUUGGUGGGCUUCCUUACGCAAGGAUGUCACCGAAUACGGUCGGGCAUGUACUAUUUGUGCCAGUAUGAAGUCUUCUCAUAGAGUUCCUUGUGGGUUGUUGCACCCGUUGCCCAUACCCGAGAGGCCUUGAUCCAAUCUAUCCAUGGAUUUUAUUGUUGAAUUGCCUCCUUCGAAUGGCAAAACAGUCAUCCUGAUGUUAGUGGAUCGAUUUUCUAAGAUGGCUCAUUUUGAGUCUAUUGUUAAAUUGCCCUCAUCCAAGGAACUUGCUUAUAUCUUCACCAGGGAGGUGUUUCGGUUGCAUGGUAUUCCUGUAUCUAUUGUAUCCGAUAGGGGUAGCCAAUUUAUUUCCAGAUUCUGGAGAGCAUUUUGUUCAGAGAUGGGUAUAUCUCUCUCGUUUUCCUCCGCUUACCACCCCCAGUCUAAUGGAGCUGCUGAACGUGCAAACCAGUCCCUAGAGCAGUAUCUUCAUUGUUUCGUAUCCCACCAUCAGAACAAUUGGGCUGACCUGCUUCCUUGGGCUGAGUUUGCUCGUAACAAUGCUGCUAAUGAAUCUUCUGGCAAAAGUCCUUUCUACGUUGUUUAUGGGCGGCAUCCUGUUGUUCUUCCAGCUGCAUUCUCCUUACAGGGCAUGCCAGCUCUGGAUGAACAUUUGGCUGGUUUAUGUACUACUUGGGAGCAGGUUCAGUGUUCUUUGGCGGACCCCGCUGCUCGCCAAAAGGUUCAAGCUGACAAGCAUCGCAGGGCGGCUCCAUCCUAUGUCGUGGUGGAUAGGGUUUGGCUUUCCACUUGCAAUAUCCGCCUUUGUGUGCCUUCUAUGAAGUUGGCUCCCCGUUUUAUUGGUCCUUUUCGUGUUUUGCAUAGAGUCAAUCCUGUUUCAUAUGCCUUGGAUCUUCCUAGGAACCUACGUAUUCCUAACGUCUUUCACACCUCCUUGUUGAAGCCCCUCCUGUGUAACCGCUAUACCCAGCAUGUUCCUCCUCCCCCUCCUGUUUCUGUGGAGGGUCAUGAGGAAUUCGAAGUAGCUUGUGCUUGACUCUCGUUUUCUCAGGGGUCGCCUCCAGUACCUGGUGUAUUGGAAGGGUUAUGGCCCUGAGGAACGCAAUUGGCUUUCCGCUGAUGCUGUUCAUGCUCCUCGCCUUGUGCGUUCCUUCCAUUCUCGUUUUCCUGCCAGGCCUGGUGGGCGUGUCUUCAGGGGGGGUACUGUAGCGGUACUUACCUUACCUGGGGGCCGGCCGAGGUCCUCUCUUCCCGCCGCGCGCGGCUCUCGGAUGAAGGCGGCCAUGGACCGCGAGAUGCUGUCACGUGUCCCGCCUAGCUCUAAGAGUGUGCCGCUCGUCUCGGGCAUGCUCUUAAAAGGGCUGUGGGAGCCAAAAAAUACAAUGGUCUCCCAUUGGCCCCUGUCAUCUCAUUGACCUUGGCUUUGUAUCUGACUCCGUUUAUCUCUUUAUCCCUGUUUUGUCUUGUUUGCCGGCUUACAGACUACUGUGUACCAGACCUUGGCUAGUUUUUGUUCUCGCUGCCUCUUUGUUCCCUUGACCUCGGCUCGUUCUUGACUCUGUCUAUUCUCUGCUAGCCAUUCUAAGGUCCGGUAAGACGUAUCUGAUCUGUCGAUUGUUGGACUAAAUCUUGCGUGUUGGGGUAAACUACCAUGACAAGUAGUAAGAUUCAGGUCUAAGAGAAAGGUUUGACAGAUUGUGUUUGAUUAAGUAAUGAGAGAUUUCCUCUUAGAAUUUCCAAAUCACUGGGCACUACCAGAAACAGUGUUGCAUGUGUGACUUUUCAGCAGGACAUUUAAACCAUUUUGUGUUGGGAUUUCUGUUCAUGGCACAUAGCCAGACAGGAGUGUAGAAGGCAUUGUGAAGUAUUAUGAGGCUCAUUUCUUGAUAGGAAGACAUUGGCAGUAAUUUAAUUAAAAAUGUCUGCCUUCAAUAUGUCUUCUUUUGUAUGUAUGAUAAAAUGUGCUAGCCAUUGAGAGAUCCUGGUUAUAUUUGUUUUCCAGUUAGUUAUGUGUCGAAUGAGAGAGUAGAUUGUAGAUGUAAUGUAGAUAGGGGUGGGUGUGAUUUGGAGGAUGUGGUCGAAUAAAUUAUAUCAAUCAAUGUCGGUAAGGUCUUUUAAGAUUUGGAAAGUGUAGAAAUGGAGUUGCAGGCAUGCCAGGGGAGUGUAAGGCCCGGAAGAUGACCUCUCAGCUCUAGAAAUGAAUAUAUUGAUUAUGUUGAUUAAAUAACAAAUUGGUGUAAUGUGCUAUAUUGGUUUGUUGUUCAUUGUGUAAAGGGGUAUGCAGCCUCCCCUUCUUUAAAACAUUGUGUUGUUAAGUAGGGAAGGGUGUAUUGUUUUUGUUGGGUGAGUGCCAGGUGUCGGCUUCAUCUAUUUCCACAAUCCUAUUGUGGUUGUCAAGACCAACUGCGCUGUGGUUGCUAUGAUAGGAGAGCAGAGGGACUUCCUGUGGGAGGUCUUUUCUGCUCUCCCUUGUCAGUCAAUAUUUACUGACAGCUAGGAGAGAAAAACUAUUUCUAAAAAGGUUUUACCCCUAAUCUAUAAAUUUGGUAUCAAAACUGCUAGCACAAUGUAUAGAUAAAAUCGUAUGCUCAAUCUAAUGAGCAUAAGUUGUUUGAGGCAUGACAGGUGCCCUUUAAAAGUCUUGUAAGUACUGGAAAAAACACUGGGCCUGGGGCUUUGUUGGCUUCCACAUUUUUAUAGCUGCUAUUACCUCUUCCUGUGAGGUCACUUCAUUUAACAAGGUUAAUUCUAUCUUACAUGCUUGUCUAAGGACAUCUGUUUGUUAGAAAUUAGAACUUUAUGUGCGUGACUUAUCCUGGACCACGCAUCGAUCACAGAGCUACAUAUAGUGGAAUAUAAGGUUUUAUACAAUUUUCUUUCCAGAAACUAGUGGAACUAUGAGAAUAGCUGAAUUCCUGUUCCUAUACAAUAUGUCGAACUAGAUAAUUCUGGUUUAUUUAAUUUGUCAAGGCAAUUCCAUCGAUCCUGGAAUUACAAUCCUGGGAUUACAAAACACCAUAGUUCAGUAAUAAAUAUUAUUAAUGCUGGAAGUUACAAUGUCACAACCAAUACACUCAGCACAAGCAGGGAUGUUAGGAGAAGACUUGCAACUCUAGUUCCCCAGAAACAAUAAUUCCAACAGAUCUUCAGUCCAAUGGGUGAUACAAGAGAAACCCAACCAGCCAUUAAAGACAGAUUCACCAACAUUUCGAACCAAUAAAGUCUUAACUUGCCUAUGGUAAGUAGGUUAUACUAAGUUGGUACAUAAUGACUGAUAGUUCCACUAAAGUGUCAAUUACCCUUCUUUGCAGGACUGUGAUCAAAGAAACAUGAGAGUUUAAUGUAAGGUGUAAGGGCAUUCUCUAAUGCUCAAGGUGUUGUCUAAAUAGAUUAAAAAGCUUGGAACAUGGUGCUUCAAUAUCAUUGACAGUAAAUUAGCAGCCAUUUGCGUGUUAAAAAAUAGUGUUUGUGAGAUUGAAAUUCACAUUCUUAUCUAAAAAAUAAAUAACUUUAAUUUUAAAAAACAAAAUUAAGAAAUUGUCACAUUUGAAGUUCUGGCAUUUGCUGGGAGGUCCGCGGAUUCAGGUCAUGACAUCGUGUAUUAAUUAAAAUAAGAAUUUCUGGAGUAUAAUAGAAACACUACAGGUUGGAAGGGUGUGCUUGGAGCAAAAUUAUUAUUUUAAAAAUUAUUAAAAUUAUUAUUAUUGAAUGAAAAAACAAGAUUAAUAAAAUUAAAAACAGCAAACAUUAAAACUAACUGCGACCCAAUCUAUCCAUUGCACCUAUAAAUGUGGGUACCUUGAGUAUUCCGUGAUUAGUUCAAUCUCUGUUAUGUGAUGCCAGGGAUGGCACGAAAACAUUUAAAUUAUAUCCUGUUAAUUCCAAGCCUGCUCAUGGGCAGUGGCGUACUAAGGGGGGUCGGGCUGCCCCGGGUGCCACUCACUAAGGGGGUACUAUGACCGGCGGCCGUAGGACGUGUGAGCUGUGCGGCAGGGACAGGUUGCCAUGGCAGCCGCACAGCUCAAACAUGCAGGCAGCCACAGAACUUCAAACCCGACCACAUCUAAGAAAAAAUGGGAACGUGGCUAAUUGCCAGCAGUGGAGGCGGAGCUAAACACAGCCACCACUGGCUGCUGUUACUGCUGCACAUCGAGGGGAAGCAGGAUGGAGCCCCUGCUUCCCCAACUAACAGACUCCAGGGACUUCAUGGGAUCCACUCCUCCAACCCAUACUGUCUGUAACUAAGAAAGAGAGAGUGUGUGUGUGUGUUUUGACUGUCUGCCUGUGACUCUGUGUGUCUAUGUGUGACUGCCUGUAACUGUGUUUCUGUGUGUGUGUGACUGCCUGCCUCUAACUGUGUGUGUGACUGUCUGCCUGUGACUGUGUGUGUGAUUGUCUACCUGUGACUCUGUCUAUGAGUUUCUGCCUGUGACUGUCUGUGUGUGACAGUGUGCUAAUAUUGUUGUAUAAAAAAAUGAAUUCUAUUGUAAGGGGCUGAGCAGGGGCUUUAGAGGGAGAGGCAGGUUUAUUUGUGGAAAGGGGGUAUAGGAGUUUUAUGGAAGGAGGGUGCAGGGAUUUGUUUAAGGGGGGGUGAGCAAGGGAUUUGUGGAAGGUGGUUGUUGUUUUUUUUUUACAUUUUAAAGUGUGUGUGUUUUACGGGCUGAGGUGCCAAACACAGGACCAGCCCGUGUUGCCAAAUGCUCUAGGUACGCCCCUGCUCAUGGGAAUAAAGAUUUAGGUUUAAACAACAUUACCUGCGUAAGGGAGUUUAGCUUAUCUUGUGGCAUCUGUAUGAAUCAGAUCGUGUUCUCUAAAGUGCGCUGUUUUGGGAUUAGAAAAGUAAGCAUUACAGAUUCCUUUUAACAGCAUGAGAAUUGGCUGCAGAACUGUAGUUAACAGCCAGACUUUACCUUACCCCUUUUACUUAUACAGUUUCAAUGCAUGAGUCACUUAACAGCACCACCUCCUGGCCAAUAUGCUAACUUUAACAAACAGCCCUGUGAUACAACCUCUCAUUAUUGUAACUCAAUGUCUUUUAUCGUUUUUAAAGUUUUUGCAUACUUUACUACAUUAUUUAUGCAAUACAUUAAAAAAAUUGAGGCCACUUCCACCAUAUUGGGUCACUUUAAGAAAGGAGUCAAUGGUGAAUAUAGAAUCAGAAGACUUUCGACCCUUGCAGUACAAAUGAUGAUUUAAUAUAAUAAAUAUGAACGCGUAUGACUGCCAUGGAGCUCGCCAAAGUAAAUGAGGGUCAUUCAUAUGGAACAGAUUGUAAUUUUCAAUAUAUGCUGUAUAGUAUUGUGCUGGAAAAAAAUAAGUAGUUUUAGGUACAGUGAUGCUUAAGGCCACUGGGGCAUAGCAAAACAUUUAGAAAUGUAUAUGUAGGACAGUUGUUGGUGACCCAUGACCCACAGUGAAAGAUUUACAUGUCAGGUGACUAUAGGCUAAGAAUUCUAAGGAUCAUCCUGUUCUCACUCCAUAAAGGUAAGUUGAAUAAAUGUAUUAACUAGACUUUGCAGGCAUAAAAAGCAUCUAAAAAUACAUAUAUGCAUAUCUGACAAAUAUUUGACAAUUGCAUAUGUCCAUGUAUGUGCAUAUUGUGCUUUGUAAUGUAUUAUGUUUUCAUCUCUGAGUAUAGUGAGUGAACGCAGCAGUGUAAAGGCACACAGGGUUAAAGGUUAAUUUCAACCAGAAGAAGUGUUAGUAAAUGUGAAAAUUGCCAUUACGGUUGGAUUUCGGGCCGUGUUCAUCAGAUUUUGUCCAUCACAGUAUUUGGAGACACUGCAGGCAGAGUGAUUGAGACCUGUAUGGAAAUGGAAGAGGGCAGGGGGUUAGUACCUGCUUGGAAGAAGGAGCAGGCUUAAUACCUGCCUUAAAGAUAUGGUGGUUCCUGGGGACCCUGAAGAAGGACAGCACAGCAGGACAGGUUUGGAUCCCAACCUAGGAACCAGUUUCCAUGUUCCGGUUACAAUGACCCAUUAAAGAGAAAUCACCCCUUUUAAAAAACCUGUGUAUGCAGAGUCCAACUAAAGUUGUAACAAUAUUAAUGCUAAUAAUAUUUUUGUUUUAAUGAAAUUAUUUUGUUUAGAUAAAACAACAAAUAAAAUAUUAGGCUAAAAUAUCUACUGUUUGCUGAAUGAGAACCUGAUGUUUGUAAAUCUAAAAGCUUACACUUUAAUUUUUCCACCAGAUGACACGCAACUAAACAUUAUUCAAAAGUGUAAGUAUAGAUAGGGAGGACAAACGGAGGACAAAUUUGACCUACAUUGAGGUUUGCCUGGGCACACCUUGUACACCCUUUGUAUGCCUAUGAUGGAUAUCUGAGCUCGAUGUAGGUAGGCUGGAGCUAAUGAAGAUAAACGAUCUCGCAGCUCCACGUACCCUGAGGCAAUCUGCUGCCUUUAUCUCUAGAAAUCUACUCUAGAAAUCCACAGAAACCAAUUUAAAAAGCUAGAAUUUUCUAUAAGACUAAAGAUCCCCAACAUUUCUUGGGCCUACACAUAGCAUGGAAAUAGAAGCACAAUGAUUCUCCUAGAAUUUGAGAAUUGACUGGUCUUCGGUUACAUUAAUAUAUCUGCAGUGUUCUGAAAACAUUACACAGCUAGAGCCAUUUGUUAUGAGUUUGCUCUAAGCUAUGCACAGACAAAAGGAAAUUGAUUAGUUCCAUUCAUCUUAGGAAUGAUCUUUUUAUUAAGUAUGGGUAGACCAACUACAACACCUCAAUCAGAUAAAACAGCUCUCCAGGAAUGCAGAUCGCCUUUGGCCUUAAGGGAUGGUUUAUUUUUUGUGGAUUUAUCAGAUGUACAUUAGAUGACAAGAAAAACAAGGGGUUUAUCUAAUACGGCAAUAAAUGUUCUUAAUUAUGUCAACAAUGAAAUGUAUGUUCUGGAGUUCCAUCUAUAUAGUAAUCCGGUCCAGAAGUUAAAUAUAUAUAUAUAUAUAUAUCUAUCAAUUCAAGUUUUGUUUUGUUAAGGAACAGUAGAUUAUGUAGAUUUAGGAUAAGACUUAUAACACAUAUUUCCAAAUGUAAAAGUAAUAUUCUAUCAGCUGAGAUAGUGUUACUAGUUAUAAACGCACAUUCUUCUAUGGGGUGUAUGAACACAAUUUACGAUAAGAAGCAAUGAAAGAGGGGUGCAUAUGGGAUAUUGGUCCCAUGUAUGGAUAUAAAACAUCCUUAAAUCACUAUCCAUCCAUUAUUUUUACAGGUUUUCUAAUUAUUAUUUGGCCUAUCCCUGAUUUCCUUUUUAAACAAAUCAGAUAAGCAUACAACACGUGCACACGGUUCUCAUUCAUUUUAGUGGAGAUAUGUUAGGUAUGUACUGCAGUGAGUGUUCAAACUCACAACUGCUGCUUUUGCAAUAUGUAAUAUGCUAUACCGUUUUCCUUAAAUGUGUUUGAGUCAGUAGGUGCACAUAUUCACAAGAUGCCUUGUUCCAUAUGUGCAUUCUGGGUGAUGCAGAGAUAUUCACAGGACAUUCUAAAUGUGUGUUGGAUUGUAGGGGCUGCUAGCCAGGAUGAAUAAAAAUCGAUUAUGAAAUUAUUAUUUUUUUUAAAUAGAUUUUUUUAAAUUUAAAUCUGGUUAUCAUUUAUAUUCAAAUCAGUUUUCUUUUAAUAAAUUGUUUUUGGAGGAAAAAUCAGUCUAAUGAUAAUUUUCUAUUUAAGAUACAAUAUAGUCUAAGGUUAUUCAGCAUGAAAUAGGGAUUAUUUAUGUAGCAUGUGGCUGGGUAUUCAUGUAAUAUUUACAUUUUUGAUAAAUUAAUUCAAUUAAAGUUCAUUGAACGUGUGUCUGUAGCGAUAACAUGCACUUCUGACAGAAAAUUAAUAUACAAAGUUCAAAAAAAUACUUUAAUCCCAUUGUUAUUCUGCAAAUUUAUGUACACACAAUGAACACCCUACCAUAAAGUAGACAUGUGCAAUUCGUUUCGUUCCGAAUGUAAAUUCCAAUGAAUUUCAGCAAUUCGGACAUUCAGAUGCAUCUGAAUUGCCGAAUUUCUGGAGUGCUGAAGUGCUUUGGAUUUCUGAAAGGUGGCAAAACAAGAGAGGAAGGGCAAAUUAUGGGAAUAAUGACAGGAAUCUAACCCUUACCCUAACACUACCCUAACCCUAACCCCAACCCCUACCAUAGAUGUGUAAAUGGUUGUGGUGGUUAGUGGUAGGGUUAGGGUUGGGGGUAGGGUUAGGGUUGAGAGUAGGUUUGGGGUUGGGGUGAGGUUAGGAUUGGAGGUAGAGUUAGGGUUGGGUGUAGGGAUUAAAGGACCACUAUAGUGCCAGGAAAACAUACCCGUUUUACUGGCACUAUAGUGCCAUGAGGGUGCCCCUCGGGGUCCCCCUCCCGCCGGGCUCUAGGGGGUGGAAGGGGUUAAACUUAUCUCUUUCUCCAGCGCCGGGCGGGGGACUCUCCUCCUCCUCUCCUCCGCCUUGGCUGAAUGCGCAUGCGCGGCAAGAGCCGCCCGCGCAUUCAGCCAGCCAGUCUCAUAGGAAAGCAUUUACAAUGCUUUCCUAUGGACGCUGGCGUCUUCUCACUGUGAUUUUCACAGUGAGAAGCACGCAAGCGCCUCUAGCGGCUGUUAAUGAGACAGCCACUAGAGGCUGGAUUAACCCUAACAUAAACAUUGCAGUUUCUCUGAAACUGCCAUGCUUAUAGAAAAAAGGGUUAAUCCUAGCUGGACCUGGCACCCAGACCACUUGAUUAAAGGACCACUCUAGGCACCCAGACCACUUCAGCUUAAUGAAGUGGUCUGGGUGCCAGGUCCAGCUAGGGUUAACCCAUUUAUUUUAUAAACAUAGCAGUUUCAAAGAAACUGCUAUGUUUAUGAAUGGGUUAAGCCUUCCCCCAUUCCCUCUAGCGGCUGUCUCAUUGACAGCCGCUAGAGGCGCUUGCGUGCUUCUCACUGUGAUUUUCACAGUGAGAGCACGCCAGCGUCCAUAGGAAAGCAUUGUGAAUGCUUUCCUAUGCGACCGGCUGAAUGCGCGCGCAGCUCUUGCCGCGCGUGCGCAUUCAGCCGACGGGGAGGAACGGAGGAGGAUCGGAGGAGGAGAGCUCCCCGCCCAGCGCUGGAAAAAGGUAAGUUUUAACCCCUUUUCCCCUUCCAGAGCCGGGCGGGAGGGGGACCCUGAGGGUGGGGGCACCCUCAGGGCACUAUAGUGCCAGGAAAACGAGUAUGUUUUCCUGGCACUAUAGUGGUCCUUUAAGGAAUUGCAGAAGUCCCGAAUUUUGGAAGUGCCGAACUGAACCGAAGUGCCAAAGUCCCGAAUUGCCAAAGUCUCGAAUUUCAGAAGUGCCGAACCAAACCAAAUUUUUUGCCCAUGCACAUCCCUUCCAUAAAGGGUUACUCCAAGUACCAUGACCACGUCAGCGAUUUGAAAUGGACAUGAUGCCUAGAGUGGCUAUGUGCAGUUUUUCAGUAUGAAGCUCUGCACACAGGGCCGGCGCUACCAUUAAGGCGAAUUAGGCAUUCGCCUGGGGCGCCGACCUGAAGGGGGCGCCCACCUGGAGGUUUCUGGGUGGGCUGCUCCUGUGGGUGGGCAGCGGGAUUCUUUUGCCUGGGGUCGGAGCGCUGGGUAAGUGGCUGUUUAGCCAAACCCCAGCGCAGCCAUAUCCUGUGCUCCCUCUGCCUCCCUGAUGCUGCAGAGCCGAUCAUCUGCUCAGGGAGAGGGGAUCUGUUGAAUCCCCAGCACCCGAGCAGAGCACUGUGCUUCCUGCAGGCAGGGGAAGCUGGGAUGUGACCUGGUAUCCUGGCUGCCCCCUGCCUGUGAACACAGGAAUCACAGUGAAGGAGCAGGAAGCAGCCUGUGCUCACUGUGCGGCUCUCCUGCUCCACCAGGAACCAGGGCAGAUACCUGCAGGCUGAAAUAUGAUCCCCUUCUCCUCCAGUCACAUCACUAGCACAGGUAUGGCAUCACUGGAGGAUAAGGGGAGAUGGUUAUUAUUGUGUGUGUGUAUGUUUGAACAUUGGUGUGUUAAGUUUGUUUGUGGGUGUGUGUUUUAAUAAACUGACUAUAUGUAAACUGGUGUGAGUGACAUAGUUUGUGUGUAUUUCAGUGAGAGUGUGUGUGUGUUAGUGAGAAUGUGACAUAGUGUUUGUUUGUGUGUAUGUGUGUGUUUGUCAGUAAGAGUGUGUGUGUGUGUGUGUUUGUGUGAGAUGGUGUAAGUGUGUGUGUGUGUGUGCCAGUGAGUGUGUGACCAGUUAUAUUUCUAAUACAUUAAUAUAAUUAUAUAUAUUAUAUUUAAAAAAUUUUUUUACUUACAGUGUGCCUUUCAGACAAGUUCCCUGUCGCACACAUUAAAUACCACCAUUAUCAUAAACUUGUUAUAAUAAAUAAAUGUGUUAUAACAACCAUAAAUGUAUACAAUGUAAAAUGUAUAUGUAUUAGGCAGUAUGUGCAUAUGGAUGAAUGUAUUAGGCAGUGUGUGUAUAAUGGCCAGUGAGUGUGUAUGGUUGAAUGUAUAUAUUAGGCAGCGUGCGUGUACAGUUGUAUGUAUUGGCAGUCUGUGUGUGUGUGUGUAUGGAUGUAUGUAUGUAUUGGCAGUGUGUGUGUGUUCAUAUUGGACAGUUUAUUUUUUCCCCCCUAAAUGUCUGCUCACUGUGUCUCUCCUAAAAUGUUUCCUAGUCUGUAUCAGUUUCCUAAAAACCUCAACAAUCUCUCUAUCCCUUUCCUAAUUGCCUUCCCGGUCUGUUCCCUUUCCCUAAAUUUAUCACUGGUCUCUCUGCUUUCCCUUAGACACUUAGGUGUCUAUUCACUAAACAGUGAUUUGAAAAAGUUGAGAUGACUUUAUACAACUCUUCUGUUUUGGCCUAAAUGUUUCAAGUUAUAUGUCAACUCACUGUUUAAUGAAUAGACAGGGAAAAGAAAAGAAGAGAAAUUGACAGAAGAUAAUUACCGGAUUAUUCACUAAAGUGAGAAUUGUAAGUGUAAGAGCAGAGUAGCCGAAUCUAGGGAAUGUUAACGGGUGUUUUGACCAUAAAUUAGAAGUUCAAUUUGAAUUCCCAACAAUUCUCACUUUAUUGAAUAACCCUAUUGGAAUAAAGAGAAACAGGCUGGAGAGAAUCAGUUGCAUAGAGUGAGCAGAUAAAUCGUGAACAUAGAGACUGCAAGCUUUUGGAAACAGAAACAAAGGAGAAAGCUGUGGAUAAACACUAAUGAGAGAGAUUGGGCACUAUGGAGGAAAGGGACAGCUGAUCAGACCUAAUUAAAAACCAAAUGGCAAAAUUUAUACCAUUUAGAAGAAUUCGCCAACUCCGCUACAGUCACAGUUCAGCUAUUUUUGCUUAAACUAUGCAAUUCGAUUUCCAAUUCACUGAAUUCAUAGUUUUGUGAAUAAACUUCUGAGAGAGUGUAGUUGCAUUCAAGAGGGGGCGGCAAAAUGGAUCUUUGCCUAGGGCGGCAAGAAUCCUUGCACCGGCCCUGUCUGCACAUACUGAGAAAUUAUAUUGCUGUCAGGGGUGGAGCUAGCUCCAGGUUGACUAAUGCAUAUUCUUUGUCAAUGCAUAUUCCUUGGCUGAAAUCACACACCUGACACUCUCAGCCAAUGAAUGAGGGGUGGAUCGGUAUUUGCAGCUCUGCAGAAGCCUGAUGCGCAUCACCUAGCAUCAAAGAAGGUUUGGUGCAUUUUUUGGGGGUCGGGUGGGGUGGUUUAAAAGAUAUUUUGUAUAACCAGUCAGUCAGUUAACAAACAUUAAGGUUUUAAACAAACACAAGAAUAUCUAUGCUAUAUAAUGUAAUUGUUUUAGUCAAAUAAAAACUGUUUAAGUUGUAUAUGAGUGAUUAACCUAUUAAACUGGAGAUAGUUCACCAUGCAAUAAGUUUAUCAUUACCUAUCUAGUAUAAAUAAUGGUUUACAACAAAAUUGGUUCUGGUAUAACAGUUCAAUUAAUCUGAAAUACAACUAUUGGUAGGGCCUCACCCCUAAUCAAAUAUUAAAAAUAUAAAAUAAAUUAAAACAAACAUGCAGGUAAUUUGGUUAUUGGUAGCUCACAUAUGAUUAUAUGUUUGAUAGACUUAACGUGUAACAGGCUGUAUUAACAAUUAUUUUGAGGGGGCUAUCCCAUUGCCACCUCGUUAAAUAUAAAUAUUAUGCAGUUUGAUCAUUAAUCUGUUGGAUCAGCUAAAGCUUUCAUUAUGUCUAACACAGUUGUAGAGGUAUAUACCAUUUUACAUGUUUUUUUUGGUUAAUAUAUUGACAUGAAAUUCUUUAAGAUAUAUGACUCUUUCCAUGCCCUGCUACCUCCCCAUGAUUGAAAAAUGUCCCACGGUUUGGCCUCUGUCCCAGGAGUCCUCGGAUCUGUCCCACAUUCCAGUGGUGGAACUACUGACCAUAUAACCUGUAUAGCUACAAACAGAAAAAUGACAAGAAUUAACUUGUUUCUUUUUUUCUGUGUUGAUGGUGUGUGUUAAUGUGUGACUGUAUGUAUCUAUGUGUAUUAGUGAACACGUGUAGCUGUGUGUGUCUGUGUACAUCUUUGUACAUACUUGCCACAAAGUGUCUCUGGAAAUUAUUUUCCAUAUGGUGUGGUUUCAAAAAAAUACAAGUCUAGCAAAUAGAUUUUUACCAGAUCAGAUGGAAUGUUAAUGUAUUUGGCCCUAUCGUGUGUCCACACAAAUUCUGUUUUUAAUCAUAAACAUGGUUUUACUAAAUAAAAUGUGUUUCUUAAAGAAGUUAAUCCAAGUUUACUUAAUCCCCUUAUUUGGAUCAUACAUAUACAUUUAUUAUAAAAUAUGCACUAGAAAAUAAUUAUUUCGCAAAAUUGAAAUGUUUCGGCCCACAAUAUCUGGAGUGCCAAAAGAUGCCUAACUUGGAAUACACCAUUAAUAUUUAAUAAUCUGACAGAGUGGGCAGACAAAUCUGAACAACCACUUGUUUCCCUAACCACUAAACCCCCUUGCACCAUCACCUACAAUAUGCUGUGGUAAAGGGGAUUAGACUGUCCCUUUAAGCAUUUAGUGCCUAGUGUUUGUAUAAAUUCUAGGAUCCCUUUAAAUGCGUUGUUCACGUCCCUGUAAGUAAAUAAUGGAAUCCCAGUUUCGGAGAUCAGACACAGACAGGUGGCAUGCCUGAAGCAUUGAUUUGGUAUUCCCUGAUAAUACUCACGUAACGCUGGUUUUAGUUUUCCAUUGUAAAUAUUUGAAUAGUCAAGCUGGUGUUAUAAAUAAAUAAAUAAAUAAAUAAAUAUAGUAGAGAGUAAAUAAGUGUAAUGGGUGUACUAUGCAAAUUUGAAAGUGAUACAUAAAUUAUAAAUGUGCAUAUACUACACACACACACAACCAACAUAAAUAACUAACAAGCAUUUUCUCACUCGUCAUUACCCUGCCAUUAAAGUAUCAUAGACAUUUAAAUGUAUGAGGUGGUGACACUCUGAGUAGGGAUCUGAUAUCGAUACCGAUAAUCUGUGAACUUUCAGUCCGAUAGCCGAUAACUUACCGAUAUUCUGUACAUUUACCAUUUUGAAAAAAACAAACUAUUUCUAAAGGUAAAAACCAAAGGAAAAAAAGUUACCUGCACUCUCUCCUUAAUCCCUAUGUAUAUUUAAACAAAUGGAGGUCAUUUAGUUACUUGAACGUCAAGGCAGACCCCCCUAGACGGGUCCUACUCUGACCCUUUACCUUGCUUCUUUGAGCUUCUGGCAAAAAUAUCUCUAAUGAGACAGAAAGGGGUAUUUUUUUUUUUUUAAUAUUUAUUUUUUAUUGAAGGUUUUUCAAAGGUAAAGAUCCAGUACACAGUUGUUUCAUAGUGUAUACAACGAGUAUUCAGCGGGUUACAGGAUAAUAUAUUUGUACUUUAAAGUUAUACAGUAACAUCAUCUGCCUCCGUGUACUAUGUAACAUUUUAUCGAAGCUGGUUUGCAAUUACUCUUCAAUUGGGUUGGUAUUACAAUUCAAAUAAACGUAACAAAGGUAUAUACACAAACAAAUAUACAGGCAAAUCAUAAUAGUUUGUAUCCAGCAUUUCCUGCGUACUUUGACCAUGUCAGCUCACAUAAGUCACCGUCCAUGUUUCCCUGGGCCGCCCUGACUCUUCUGGGUCCCCUUCUCCCCUCUCACCCUCCCUGGUGUUUCUGUCUCUCAUACCAUGUCUCCCAGAUAUUCCAUGUGUUUUGGAACCUUUCCGUGGCCCUGGCGUUGUCAGUGGACAUUUUCUCGUAUAUAUAGAAUUGUUGUAUUUUGUCUGCCAAUUGGUGGAUGGCUGGGCAGCGAGGUGUUUUCCAGUUUAGAGCUAUCAGGUUUCUAGCGGCCAUUAAAACUAUCCCUAUCAAUUGUGUGUGGUUUUUUUGUGUUGUUUCGGGGAACAACAAGAGUAGGCAGGUCGUUAUGUCCAUGGGGAAGUCUCUAAUGCCGAGAUCUUUCAACAGGGUUUGAACAUCUCCCCAGAUAGGUUGUAUCCCUCCACAAUGCCACCAUAUGUGUGGCAGGGUUCCCUCUUCCACACCGCAUCUCCAACAUUUGGUGGAAACGUCUGGGUACAUUCUGUGUAGUCUGGUGGGUGUCAUGUACCACCUAUAUAGUAGUUUGCGAUGCGCUUCAAUAUGUGAGUAGCACUUGGUCCACUUUUUUAUCCCAUUUAGGGCCAGCAUCCACCUUUCCUCUGUCAUGACUGUCCCCCUCUCAGUCUCCCAGUGCUGUUUGCAUGUCAUCGGUUUUUGUGGUGCUAGGUCAAGCCAUGCUUUGUAGCAAAGUGAUAGGGCUUUGGGUUUCAUCGGGGCUGUCCAGCAUCUGUGGGGUAUCAGUCUCGCUGCUACCGCAGGAGUAGGCCCAGUGUGAGGUGUGCCCUUGACGUGUGUGUUUAUUGUGUUUUUCAGUUGUAAGUAGGGAAAGAUAUCCCUCUCCGGGACCUUCCAUCUGUCUCUGAUGGCUGGGAAACUCAUGAUCGUCUGGUCUGUACACAGUUGUUGGAUUUGGGAUAUACCUAAGCGUGACCAUCUGUUUAGUGGGAUCGUAGGAUUCACUGCAUGUAGUGCAGUAAGGGGAGCUUCAGGGUGGAAGUGUUUCCUCCAGCCCAGGGAGGACAUAAAGUCGUCCCAUACUCUGACCGUUGCGAGUGUGGUGGGGUAUAGAGUUACUUUGGGGCCUCUUAGUGUUCUCGGCGUCCAUAGGUAAUUAAGCAGUGAGGUGUGCUUAAGUUGGUCUUGUUCCAUAUCCACCCACUGUGUUACCCCCUUUUGGGCGUGUAUGUGUAUACUCGUUGCUAGGAUAGAGGCUUUGUAAUAGAGUCCAAUGUUGGGCAUGCCUAUACCCCCCGUUUGGGUCGUCCGUUGUAGGAGACCUAGGGGCAGCCUGGGUUUCUUACCCCCCCAGAUGAAGGAGUUGCAUAUGGCUUGUAACGAUUUGUGGAUAGCGGCUUGGAUGUCUAUUGUGAGCAUGCGGAAUAUAUAUAGUAACCUUGGCAAAAGCAUCAUCUUAUAUGCAUUCACUCGGCCCAGCCAGGACAAUUUUGCGUUCUUCCAUUUAUGUAUUUCUGUGGUGCAUAGAUGUAUGAGGGGCUUAUAAUUAAGCUUUACUAUGUUGCUAAUAGGAGCGGCGAUUUUAACCCCUAAGUACGUUAUAGAUGUUGUUCGCCAGUCUAGUUCAAAGGAGUUCUUAAGGGUAGUUACAUUUGGCCCUGGUAGGUUUAUCGGUAGGGCUUGUGUUUUCUCCUUAUUCAGACGGUAGUAUGAUAUUCUACCAUAGUCUGUCAGUAGAGUUAGUAGAGGGGGCAGCGAUUGUUCUGGAUUUGAAAGCGCCACGAAAAUAUCGUCCGCAAACAUUGCCAGACAAUAUUCCCUGUCCCCCAGUGUGAUACCGGUUAUGGCCUGGUGUUGUCUUAUCUUCCAAGCCAAGGGCUCCAGGGAGAGUAUGUAUAGCAGGGGGGAUAGUGGGCAACCCUGGCGUGUCCCAUUCGUAAUGUGGAAAGUGCGUGACAGGAAGCCCCCAUGGGAGACCUUAGCACUGGGUCGUGCGUACAGAGCCAGGAUUCCCCUGAUAACCUCUUCGGGGAACUGAUACUUGCACAGCACUUGUGUCAUAUAUUGCCAGUUAAGUCUGUCAAAGGCCUUUUCGGCGUCCAGCGCCAGGAAAAGACCUCCGAUUUGUCCCCUCUCCAUUCCCGCUAUUAUGUUUAGCACUUUCCUCGAGUUAUCAGAGCCUUGUCGGCCCCGCACGAAUCCGGACUGGUCAUUAUGUACUAAUUUAUGUAGCAACGGUGCCAAUCUUUCGCUAAAUAGUUUUGCGUAGAUUUUGGCAUCACUAUUUAACAAUGAAAUGGGCCUGAAGUUUUUACAUUGAUCUGUAUUUUUGCCCGGUUUGGGAAGUGUGGAGACAUGUGCCAUUGUGACUUCUUCUGGCAAUGCCCCUUCUGUCAUGCAGUGGUUAAAUAGAGCGCCAAGAGGUUGCGCUAGGGUGUUAAGGAAGGUGCGGUAAUAUUUAUUGGGCAGGCCAUCAGGUCCCGGUGCUUUAUGUAGUGGGAGCGUAGAGAUCACCGAGGUGAUCUCUUCGGUCGUGAAGGGUUUGUUAAGUUGAUCCGCCUCCAUCUGAGAUAGGGUAGGAAGGUCGAUUCCUGCCAGGAAAGCGUCAAUAUCUGCUUUAGAGGGGCAGACUGUCUGUGGGUCAUCUUUCAGAUUAUAUAAUUUUUCAUAAUAAUGGGCGAAUUCGUCCACUAUCCCCUGUGGGUUUAAAAUUAAGGUGCCCCUGGAAUCCUUGAUGGAGGCAAUUUUUGAGUUAGCCGUCCUCUGUUUCAAUUGGGCAGCCAGCCGCGCUCCCGCUUUGUUGCCUGUAGCAAAAAAGCUGUGUUUAAACUUGCGCAUGAGGGAUGUGGUUUUGGCCAGUUCCAAAUCUCUGAGCUGCGAUUGUAAGCGCAAUAGUUCGGUAUGUGUGGCUGCUGUGGGGGUGUGUUUGUUGGUGUGAGUUAGGGAGGUUAGUUCAGAAAGUAUGGCUGUGUAAGCUUCUAGUCGCUUUUUUUUUUGCGUAGCUGGCGUGCUUGAUGAAGCUGCCUCUUAUGAAAGCUUUAUGCGCCAUCCAUAUUUGGGGUAGAGGUGAGUCUGGGGUUUUGUUUUCUUUAAAAUAAAACUGUAGAUCUUGUUCUAUUUGGUUAACUAUGGCAGGGUCAGCGAGUAAUUGUUCAUUGAGUCUCCAACUGCCUCUUCCUGAGUUGGGGAAUUGUUCCCUAAGCUGUAGUGUAAUAGGGGCAUGGUCCGACCAUGUAAUAAGGCCUAUGUCUGUGCGCUCAACCUUUAUGAUGGAGGAGGUGCGGAUCAAAAACCUAUCUAUUCUCGAAUAAGUCUUAUGCGCUGCUGUGUGGCAUGUGUAGUCCCUCUCUGUGGGAUGGGUGACUCUCCAUGGGUCUACAAGAUUGUGCGGUGUUAGUUUGUUGCAUAUUUGUGUGGCUAGUUUGGACCUGCUCUUUAGUGUUUGUGCAGUCAAUUGGGGACCUCCUGAUGAGUCUAGGUCACUGUCUAGUAAGAAAUUCGUGUCACCCCCAAUGAUCACUUCCCCAAGUGCGUGAGCAGACAUCAAACCAAGCAGUACAUCAACAAAGUUACAUUGGUUAACAUUGGGUCCAUAGACAUUAAUUAAGGUAUAGACAUUAUUAUUUAGGGAGCAUUGCAAUAUUAGGUACCUUCCCUUUUUAUCUCCUAUUUUGCGUAUUAGGGAGAAGGCCACAUCUCUGCCAAUAAGGAUGGAUACUCCUCUUUUUUUUUUGGAGUAACAUGAGUGAAAAUCUAUGGGAUACUGUGGGGAGUUAAACUUCGGUCUGUUACCCCAUUGGAAGUGCGUUUCUUGGAAGAGCAUUACGUGGGCACCUAAUGAUUUUGCUUCGCGCAGUGCUAGGCGGCGCUUGUGAGGGGAAUUCAGCCUUUUAGUAUUUAGGGAGCAUAUUUUAAGUACCAUCUGACAUGUGGUGUAGUCUGUGGCUACUCGGGGGGAGACAGGGUGCUCUUCCAACAUUAGGUUCCCUAAUGGGAGGUAAUUGUAUAGCUAACCUGUUGGUGCCAGAUGGUGUUAAGGAUGCGGGACAUACUGUCUGUGGGGUUUGCCUUAUAAAAUUAAAAAGGGUUAAAACAAUAUAAUAACUGAACCAAUAAUCAACUAUGUACAGCGUUCCGUUCACUGCGCCUCUGCGGUGCAGUGUCAAAUCUAACGGAUUCUCUUGUGGCUCUGGGUCGGUAGCCACAUUGGGGGUGGUUAUUGAAAUCAGUUGCAAGGAUUUAACAACAAAAAUUAUCAUAGCAAUUCUGGGUGGCCUUAGUGGCGCCCUCCCUGGGUGUAGGUAGGCUUUUAGCCCGGCAUGGUAAUUUGCAAGAAAGGAGCAUGUACUAUUAUAGUCUUUGUAUACGACCUGUCCCGUAUGCGUACCGUGUGGUCAGCACACGAUUGGAAGUUCUGAUCCUGCUAGACUUGUCUUUGUGUAGUCUUGGGACGUGGUUGUUUCUUCCAUUCAGUGUGGAGUUUGAUUGCAGAUCUAUCCUCCGUAGCUAGCAAGGGGUCAUUUGGUACUGGGAUGUUCCACUCCAACAGUUGUCUUUUACCGGAUUCAGGAUCAAGAAUCAGGUUGUCUACGCCGUUGCGUUUUACUAGUAACUUGGUCGGGAAGCCCCAUUUAUACUGUACUUCCGCCGCUCUCAAUGCCGCUGUGAUGUGGGUAAACGAUCGCCUUUUUAUCAUAGUCGCAGUGGAGAGGUCAAUAAAUAGCUUGAUUUGGGAAAAUUGACCUGGGAGCUGACCUUGGCGUCUAGACGCUUGCAUUAUUCGAUCUUUCGUUGUGAAAUAGUGUAUUCGCGUUAUGACGUCUCUCGGUACUGUAGUCGGUAGGUGCUUUGGUCUUGGAAGGCGGUGUGUGCGGUCAAGCAGCAACUCAGUUUCUUUCAAUGCUGGAACGUAUGCUGUAAAUAUUUCCUUUACAUAUUGGGUUAGAUCUAGGGAGCCGACUGAUUCCGGUAUUCCCCGGAUUCUAAUAUUGUUGCGGCGGUCCCGGUCUUCAUGGUCUGCCACUUUUGCUUCUAGGCUUUGUACUCUCUGUAUUAGGUCGUUGUGUGCCUCUGCUAGGCUAUUAUGGGCCUCUAUAGUUUCCUCUGCUCUCUCUUCCAGACGUGCUGUUCUUUCACCUAAAGCUUGAAUGUCAGCCCUGAUAUCUGUAGCAAUUUGUUUCAGGUCUGUUUUGAAGGUGUGCUUUAAUUCAGAUAGCAUGUUCUGUAGUGAAGCAUUUGUGGCUGGUGCUUGCAUGUCAUCUGCAGUGAGGGUAAACUCACCGCCUUCUGAGCAUGAGGCUGGGGACUGGGGCUGGUCGGCGCCAUUUUGUUCCUCCUGUCCGCACUUCGGCGACGCUAUUACUUGCAUUUGGAGGGUCUUUUGUUUGAAUUUCUUGGCGGACUUUGUGGACAUUAUGAGGUGGGGGUAUGCCCGCUUGUUUGCCGCUCUUGCCGGUGCUUGUAUGCUGUGUAGUCACGCUGUAAACACCCGUCGGCGGGAGAGCUCCGAGAUCAGGCGACCGCUCUCAUUCGCCGCUAAGCCACGCCCCCAGAAAGGGGUAUUUUUUAUAUACACCCCUAUAUAUUUGUUAACCCUUAAUAGGGAACACAUGGGAUGGGCUGCAGCAUUGUGACCUAGCUGUGUGAUACAAAAAGUGAAUACAAAUACAAAAAGAAAAGUCCUGCGCUCACUCCCAUCACUCCUGGGCGACAGCAACGACUACAGUACACAUCAGCUAAUACAUACAGUAAAAACCAAAGAAAAAAAUUACAUGCACUCUCUCCGUAAUCUCUAUGUAUAUUUAAACAAAUAGAGGUCAUUUAGUUACGCCAAUGGCCACUGGAGGGAAUGCCCGCCUGCCAACGUCAAGGAAGACCCCCCUAGACGGGUCCUACUUUGACCCUUUUUCAUCAAGGCAGACCCCCCCUAGACGGGUCCUACUCUGACCCUUUUUCGUCAAGGAAGACCCCCCUAGACGGGUCCUACUCUGACCCUUUACCUUGCUUCCUUGAGCUUCUGGCAAAAAUAUCUCUAAUGAGACAGAAAGGGGUAUUUUUUAUAUACACCCCUAUCUACUUGUUAACCCUUAAUAGGGAACACAUGGGAUGGGCAGCAGCAUUGUAACCUAGCUGUGUGAUAAAAAAAUGUGAAUACAAAAAGAAAAGUCCUGCACUCACUCCCAUCACUCCUGGGUGGCAGCAACGACUACAGUACACAUCAGCUAAUACAUACAGUAAAAACCAAAGAAAAAAAUGACAUGCACUCUCUCCGUAAUCUCUAUGUAUAUUUAAACAAAUGGAGGUCAUUUAGUUACUCCAAUGGCCACUGGAGGGAAUGCCCGCCUGCCAAUGUCAAGGCAGACCCCCCUAGACGGAUCCUACUUUGACCCUUUUUCGUCAAGGCAGACCCCCCCUAGACGGGUCAGAGUAGGACCCUGCUAGGGGGGGUCUGCCUUGAUGUUGGCAGGUGGGCAUUCCCUCCAGUGGCCACUGGAGUAACUAAAUUAACACACCUGCCAUUCGGCAUCCUCUGCCGCACACGUAGACAAUGUGGUUGUCUCGUUCUUCUUCUGAGCUGGGAGCUCAACUGGAGGAUCAACAAGGUCCCAUACAACCUCGCAGAGCUGCGUAGAACCAAUACUGUGUUGGGGGCUGGUGGGACAUCCCCCCACAGCCCGACUGAAUGGUCUUCCUCAGAGACAGCACCAUCUGGAUCUCACGCUAUACUUCCCGAUUCUGGGCGUAGGCUGACUGUUCGCUUACCUCGCAGGGCAGUUUCACCACGUAAGCUGUGUACUUACCAGCCUGCUGUUGUGGCUGCCCGGUCUCAUAUAGCUUUUGAAACCAACAACCCUUCUGUCAGGCCGUAUCUGGUCAUUUCCGGUAUGCAGAACCGGCUCCGCCCCCUUUCUGACGCGGCUCUCUCACGCUUUAUAGAGAGACCGCGCCAGAUUCAAGGUGCUUGGUGAUUUUCGGAUGUUACUUCCGCAUUCAACGCCGGCUAAGCUUCUCUUCAUUCCUAACGUGUAUCGAACCUUGGAUUGUUGUUACACUUCCGCAUUCAACGCCGGCUAAGCUUCUCUUUGUUCCUAACGUGUACCGAACCUUGGAUUGUUGUAACGGACUUUUGCAUUCUCAUUGCCCUCUGACCACGGGCCGUAUUGGAUUUACCGGAUCUCUACUUAUUUCCUUGAAACCGGACUGUUUAUGUCAAACAUCCUUUGGACUCAAUCUAUUCAGUUCCAUGGAGGACAACUCCCAUCAAUCUUAAGUAUACAAUUUACUUCUAUCUCUGAAGGUUUACUUAUUAAUGAACUUUUACUUGCUUGCUAUAACCUGCAUUUACUAAAAUAUUAUUGCAGUCAUUAAAGCCUUUUCUUUUCCACUAAUUGCCUGCAACCUCCACCUUGCGUUAAAGCUACAGUAACCUUAUUAAUUUAAAGGAUUUCUCCUCUUUUUGCUAUUGUAAUUAAGGAGUUUUACAAGCUGCAGUUGAGUUCCAAAUCCAAAACCUCUUGUGACAUAACACCUUCUAUACCUGCCUCUUAUGUUUAUUAAGCUUGUAUUUCUACAUUGGUUUGCUAUUCACCUGGUGGCUAACAUGCGCAGCGGUGUGCCGCCACUCUAUCCUGAUUGGCGAUCCAGUGGUUCUCACCCUUAUAGCUGAACGUCCACACGUCUAGUUGACAUUUUCCUAAUGUUCCGUGAUACCUAAUGUUAGGGUAGACGUAUCAGACAGCUUGCAUUAUCUAUUCAUUUAUAACUAUAAUGUCGCACCUAAUAUGUCCAUCAUCUUCACUCAGCUUAAUAUUUUACAACGCAGAGCAUAUUCUAGCUAAAAAUAUAUGUUGCAUACUACUUGUAUGUUUAACCUUACACAGUACUCAAGUAUAAACAGCGAAUAUGACUCACAGUUAGACGUGUCUACCUAGCAUGUUCCAAUAUGUUGACUUGUACUAAAAAUUAUGCUCAAUGUAAUGCCAGUUAGUUGGGCUAAUACAGUUGACCUUUUGUCAUAGCUAAGCAUAUUUCACUAAUUAUCUACUCUAGGUGGAAUUGAUGAGUCUCUUGCCAUAGCUAGCAACUAAUUUACUAUCCACCAUGUAACUUUCAAUACACAGCUAGCUCACUGCCUUUCCCUACUAACACUGUUCUGCUGUAAGCUUUGAUGUGUUAGUUUAGCCUGUAUACUGUAACUUUAAAAUGCGGCAGUCAUGUCACGGAGUAUAUAUCAACGUGCAUGUUCCUGUUAAUGUGUGACCAUUUCAUAUAUCUCCCUUUUUAUUUUCUGUACCCAAUCUAUCUUUGCCUCAAUAAAAGAAAGAUUUACAAAAGAAAAGAUCAGACUUGGUCGAAUCUUUAGUGCUGAUGGGAAAUUUGUGGGGCUGUAUAGUACUCUUAUGGUCCCAAUGUGUCUCAGAGUCGGAACGCUGUAAGUUAGUGAUAGAAUUCACUUUGGGUUUGGAAGCUGAAUUAAAAAGAGAGAUUCUAUCCAUAUUUCUCACCUUGUUAUAAGCAAAUAGGAUCGAUUUAGAGGGAUAUUCUUUAUCAAGGAAACGUAGGCAGAGAUUUAAAGCUUCUUCCUCGAAAUGUUCUAACAUAGAACAAUUACAGUGGAGUCUAAUGAAGUGGCCUACUGGUACAUUCGCAAUCCAUGUAGGAUGAUGACCGCUGGUGGCAUUUAGGAAUCCAUUGAUGUCUCACUUUUUCUGAAAUGUCCUAGUUAGUUAAUUAGUUAGUUUUCUCCCCAAAGUUUAAGUUCAAGGAAUUCUAUUCUGGACUUGUGCUUGUUAAAAGUAAAUGAGAGUCCCCAGUCGUUAGAAUUGAACUCAGUCACAAACUUAUCAAUGUCAUCCCAGUCCCCCUUCCAGAUAAUUAAAAUAUCAUCGAUAAAACGGUCAGGUCAGGUAUCAGGUGAUCUUUCCAGUUUGGGUUCUCUAAGAUAUGUGACAAAUCCCAUAGGCCCAUAAAUAAAUUGGCAUAUGAAGGGGCAAAACUAGCUACCAUGGCUGUCCCUUUUGUUUGAAGAUAAAACACUAAAUAAUUAUGCAUUGGUACAAAGUGUGCCCUUUCAAAAAUGGAUUCUGCCUGAGAAGAUGGGAGAAGCGGACCAGAAAGCAGAAAGUGUUUGAGUGCUUGUAUGCCCAACGCAUGGCUAAUGUUGGUGUAUAGUGCUGUCACAUCUAUGGUGAGCCAUCUAUGGUGAGCCUUCAUGCCAUUUUACACUUUGCAUCAAAAAAAGUACAAGACUAGUGUCACAUAUAUAGGAGGGAAGAUUCACCACAUAUCUUUGGAGAGUGGUGCUGUGAGGGAACCAAUAGAGGAGAUGAUGGGCCGCUCUUGAUCUUCCAAUCUUUCUUUAAAGCUGUUCAUUCCCCUAUUGUUUUAUUUUUGGGGAGGAUAUAUUUUACAGUUUAGAGCCUGUUUUUCUUGUGUAUUCUCUGACUUAUAUUUAAUCUACACCUGAUACAUCUCUUCACACAGGCGUUGGUUUUGUAGUUGUCCUUACGGCAUUGCAAUUCAGAUGCCACUGUGCAGAUUUCUAUCCAUGUUCGAUUGACUAUAUUACUGCCUUGAGCUGAUGUGUCUUUUUUUUAAAAAAUUCUUUAUUUUUGAGUCAACACUGAAUGCGGCAUAGCAAAAUACAGCGGCUCACGCAGGGGCCGAUUACAAGGCAGUUUUGCUUAGCAUAAAACAAUGGAUAGAUGUUUUUUAGGUUAGGAGACAUUGGUAUUUUGCCGCUCUGUGUCGGUUUCAAUCAUGGCGGGCAGUUCUUGCCCGUUCAUAAAAUACAAAGAACACAACAGUGCAACACAAUAAAGUAACAUACAAUAACCUCUGAGAGUGUAAUACAUAUUUCGCAGCACUUUCCAACCGACUCACAUUGGAUACAUAGAGUCUAUUUUUGCUGUUCUGCGUAGAGCAGUUCUGACUUUUGUGCUGUCGGCUAUGUGCUCUGAGCAAUGCCGUGAAUCAGUCGGUGUCGUGUCGUGGUGGGUUUGCUAUCAUUUAGGUUUGUGUCCGUCAGUUACUCCCAAUGUCGCCCCGUCCUACGAGCCAUCCCAGUUCAGGUUCUGGUUUGGUCGCGGGUAACGGUGCCCUAUCAUAUUCUCUUGUGCCCAUGGGGAGCUUCGUAGAGAGGCCCUAGUGAUGGGUCGUGUAUUGUUGGUGGUCACUGUGCUUUACUUAUAAACCGUUAUACCAGUUUGUAGGUGAAGUGUCGCUUGUUGGUUUGGUAUCUGUGUGGGUUCUUCCUGAUGUCUGAUUUGUAGUAUUUUAGGGCUUUAUAUGUAGCGUUUACUAUCUUCCUCCGGUCUCCCUGUCUAUAGGUGGAGGGAGAUGGGGGGAGCAAAGGGGGGGGGAGGAAGGGGGGCAGGCUGUGGGGCGGGGGAGGGGGAGGGAAGGGGAACGCUGUUCAUUGGGGCGUGCGGCGGAUCCAGGCCCUUUCAGGGGCCUCUGUCUUUGUCCUGCUUAUGUGGAUUUAAUCGUCGAGAUAGUCUUCCCAUGGUUGCCAUAUUUUAUGGAAUGUUUUCUCCGUAUUCCUAAUUUGGGCUGUGAGUUUGUCCAUCAAAUAUGUGUCUUUCACUUUUGAGUUGAUGUGUCUUUUAUCUGGUAAUACUAUUAAAUGUUACUUUUAAUACAUUCAAUACAGUUUUAUUCAUUUAUCUAUUCCCCUGUAGGAGUGCUCACAUUAUAUUAGUUAUGACUGGGGUUGCAUAAACAAAGGUGAUUUAACUCCUAAAUGGCAGAGAAUUGAUCAGUGAGACUGCGGGGGCAUGUUCUAUACACCAAAACAACUAAAUUAAGUCAAAGUUUUGUUGGUUCUUAUAUUGUCCUUUUAACCAUGCAAUUUCACAUUUUAGGCCAAACCAGCCCAUUCUCUGGUUUAUUUCAGACUAUUCCUAACAUAGGACUCAUCUGCAUGGUUAGCACUUCCAUCAAAGAAAAUGUUAUGUUUAACAACUGGUAAUUUUAUGUCAAGACACGGAGGCUCAUAUUGCUUAACCCUUUCUUUACUGUCCACCAAUAGCAGCAAAGAAUACAAACAGUAAGAAAAACUGGGAACCAUAGUGAUAGGCCAUUCCUAUACCAAGUCCCAGUAUAACAGUCAGCACCUCCCCACAUAUUUCCUCUUUCUUUGCUGCUCCAAAGAUAAGUACAUUUUCUCUUCCAUUUAUAUGUUUCUUAAUUAUCAUUAAUUUCUUAUUAUUAAUGCUAUUUAUUAUGUUAUUGUUAUUAUUUGUUGUAGACUCAUUAUUGCUUUAUUUUCUACAUAUUAUUACAAAUUUGUACUUUUAUUUAUUCUUCUAUUGUGUAUUAUGCAUUUGUUUGCUACCUUUGAGCCCAGGGUUCCAGACCUUCUUUAGGGUAUUACUAGUUGUAUCACUCUCCCUUGAGCUUCCUUUUGUUGCUCUUAUCUUUUUUCUGUUCGCCUUAUCUCCUUCUUGCUGUCUGUGGCUCCAUUGCUCCUUCUCCCUGUCUUUUUGGCGCCCUUUUGCGCCUGUUUCUCCUAUCCGUUCGGCUGUUUUUCGUGAAUGAUUCAAGCCCGUGCUAAAUUCAUCACAAAACCAUGCUGUUCGUUAGUUUUACUGGCAUAUAGCAUCAUUCGUCUGUUUGCCACGUUCGACUAAUUUUAUUCGAAUGGUUUGCUCGUUCGUCUGUUUUUCCUAUUCAUUCUAUUCAUCUAUUUGUUCACAUGAAUUCGUCUCUUUUUUGGCGAACGUUCGGCUCUUUAAUUUGACGAAUUCACAUGAUUUUUUGCCACGAAUCUCACUAGAUUGCUGGCGGACAUUUUGUGACAUCCUGUCCUUCUGACUCUUUGCUCUGCCUUAUGUUUUUCUUCCUAUCUGCCGGUCUGGACCCUGGUGAGCUCCCUAUCUCUAUCCUCUUAAAGGUAUAGCUAGUCUGGGGUGAUUAACUCCUGCUAGUCUGUUUUGUCAUUUAAUUUUUAAUUUUCACUCCUUACAGUACUUUAUAUAUAUUUGUAGUUAAAGUGGAAAUGUCACAGCAUUACUAUGCCUAAAUCCAAAGUGCCUGCCAGUCCCUUUUUUCCCCUGGGGAGAUGGACAUACCCCAAAUUUUGGGUAACCCCUCUUCCAGCUCUAUUCCCUUUCUUCUGCAGUAGACCCUAUGGCUGUGCCUGAUGAAGCCCAGUCCCUGGUGCUACAGCGUUCAGUUUCGGUGGCCAUUAUGGCCGCUAUGGGCUCCAUGUCCUCUGCCCUCUCCCAGACCAUAUCACAGGCCUUACUUGUGCACCCUUUAGCCGCAGAAGGUUCGGCCACUCCGACGCACUUUGCGCGUCCCGCUCCAGGCCUUACAGGGGACACACCUAAAAAGGCUACUGCCAAAUCCAGGCACUUAAGUCCCCCUGCCUCCAGAACCAAUAUGAUGGGUGCACCCAUGACCACCCAUGAUCGCGUGCCCAUGUCACGCAAAAGAGCCUUCUCGCACCAGGCAGAACGGGCGCGGCAGUGGAAAUGUGCUAGAGCACAAAAAGAGAGCGACUCUGACUCAGAAAUCGGGUCUGGUGAGGAGGCUGAUGCCGAGUCUGUGUGUGACUCUGACGAUGAGGUAUGCGGGCAGGACACUGACACCUUUUGUUCCUGCUCAAUCAGGAAUGGUAGUGAGUAGCUCUUGGAGCGACUCCCCAGCUACUGCGGGCUCCACCCUCAUGGAUCCGUCUGGGGAACCCAUGUUUGACCCGGAUGCUCUUCAUCAUCCAAGGUCGGCAGAAUGGCUCCCAGCGGACCAGGUGGCACGAUACCUGGAAAAUUGGGUACGGCGCAGCCUCAGCAAGGCUGUGCGUAAUAAACUCAGGGCAGAAUGUCCUAGACCUUUGGUGCUAAGCAAAGUCUGUGAGACCCCUAUUGUCGUUCCUGAGAUUACCCAAUUCCUCUCAAAGUUGGGAUGGUAUCCCGCAAGGGCUUAGAUUCGGCACUUACAUCAUGCCAGGAUAUACACCUGGACGUAUUUGGUCCAUGGCCAAACUAUUUGACCUGGCUGUAAUCGCCAUAACCGACAACAGGCAGGUUGAACUCUGCUGGGUGCAGAUGGCAAUCUGCAUAGCGGGCUGUGUAAACACCUCCCUCUCCAUAGAACGGCGUAAAGCUAUUCUUUUCAAAUUGAGCCCAAACUCACCGACCUCGCCCUCACUGAGGCGGGCAAGGAUGCCCAAGGCCUGUUAUUUGGGGACUCCUUUAUAAAGGACCUGGGUUGCUUUGUGGGUGCUUUUACAGCCCUGGAUGAAGCCCAAUCCUCUAUGAAGAGGGUAUUUCAGGUACAGGUCUCUACUAGGGCCGGCAGAUUUAAGGGUCGUCUGCCCAGCCAUUCCAGUUACCACGCCCGUGGAUCGGGACAAGGCUCCUACACCCAGAGACCACCAUACCAGUAGACGAGACACCAGGCCCCCCUUCUUCCCCUCUUGUGGAAGACAAUGGAGCUCCAGAGGCUUUAGAGGAAACUCCGGUUCCAGAUGCCCUUACGGGAAGCUUACAUCUACCCCAUGUUUUUUUCAAUAAUGGUGUAGGGGGCAGGCUCCGUCAUUUUCUCCGAAGCCUGGUCAACUGUCACCCCCGAUGUCUGGGUCCUGACCACCAUUCAGGGGUUUCACAUCGAGUUGGUCAACACUCUGGGUCACAUUCCCCAUCCUCCCCCUAUUUUGCUCUCCAUGACCAACCGCGUCUUCAUAGACGUGGAACUAUCGGCACUCCACGCGAAAGAGACACUUGAACAAGCACCCAUAUCCCCAGGGUCCUCAGCUACAUUUUCCUAGUAGAAUGAGGAGCAGGCAGAUGCGCCCAGUUAUCAACCUAAACACUUUGGUGCGCUACCGCCACUUCAAGAAGGUGGGCAUUCAUCUCCUGCGGGACUUGCUCCUUCGGGGAGACCGGAUGGUGAAGUCAGACCUCAAGGACGCAUACUUAACAAUCCCAGUGACCGAGGCGUCCAGGGACUUAUUUCCCUUUGGAAAGGCGACACCUGGCGCUUUACAUGCUUCCCCUUUUGGACUCUCGUCAGCUCCUUGGUGCUUCACAAAUUGAUGUGCCUUGCAAUGGCUUGAGGGUGCAGUCCAGGAGUUCGGUUGAUAGUCUACCUGACGACAGCCUCAUCAUGACAUAGGACCGUUCGGACCUCCUGAAGCACCUGCAAUGGAUGAUGGAUCUCCUCUCUUGCCUGGGUUUUUCCUCCUCAGCUGGGAUAAACCCUGCCCGAGUUCCUCAGGUUCACCAUAGACUCUGAGGUGGAAUCACUCAGCCCCCCUCCGUCCAAGGUAUGGUUCCGCAAGUAAUUACGCUGCGCUCUAACGUGCCCUCAGCUAUUGCUGCAUCAUCUGGCAUGGAUCAUUGGCCUAUUGGCUUCAUCAAUCCAGGUGGUGUUCCCAGCCCCUCUCCACUACCGUGCCCUACAAUGUCUGAAGAUUGCACACCCUCGCUGUGGGCAGGGACGUAUUAGCCGUGAGGCAAACAAGGCCUUGGGCGACAUUUUUCAGGGGGCGGCAAAAAACGCCGCCCCCCAAAUGCCCAGGGCAAAUGCCUAGUUAGCCUCACGGCUAACUGACAUGCUGGGCGCUGGGCGGCACUGGCUGCCGGUCGGGCGGGCAGCUGGUGAGGGAGCUCUUCCUCUGAGCGGUCUGCUCAGCUGCCUCGCGCGCCGCAGAGUGAGGCUGGGAGCCGGAAUAUGACGUCAUCAACCCGGCUCCCAGCCGGCUCGUGAGGGAGCUGAGCAGACCACUCAGAGGAAGUGCUCCCUCGCCAGCCGCCCGCUCGCCCGGCAGCCACUGGACCACCAGGGAGAAAGAGGAACCCCCCCCAGCAUUCCCAAAGGUAAGGAGGCUGGGAAGGGGGUUAAAUAAAAAAAAAAAAGUGUUAAUGUGAGUGAUUGUGUGUGACUGUGUGUGUGUGUGUGACUGUGUGUGUGUGUGUGUGUUUGUGUCUGACUCUGUGUGUGUGUGUCUGACUGUGUGUGUGUGUGUGUUUGUGUCUGACUGUGGGUGUGUUUGUGUGUGUGUAUCUGACUGUGUGUGUGUGUGUGUCUGACUGUGUGUGUGUGCGUUUGUGUCUGACUGUGUGUGUGUUUGUGUCUGGCUGUGUGUGUGUCUGACUGUGUGUCUGACUGUGUGUGUGUGUGUCUGACUGUGUGUGUUUGUGUCUGACUGUGUGUGUUUGUGUCUGACUGUGUGUGUGUGUGUCUGCCUGUUGGUGUGUGUGUGUGUAUUUAGAAGGUGGGGAAGGGUUGGGUGGGGUGGGAGGGGGGUGCCUGAGAUUUGUCCUGCCUAGGGCAGAACAAAACCAGGAUACACCUCUGGCUGUGGGACAUCCUAUGCGGACAUGGUCUCUCUGGACUCGGAAACUCAGGAUGAAUUGACCUGGGAGAUCCACAACCCCUCGACCUGGAACGGCAAGGCCAUCUUCGGUUACAAUCACAUAUCUGAUGUUUAUCAAUAUGUUAAUGACUGCCAAUGAUCCGUUAAUUAUGUCAUUAUUGCAAUCCCACUUUUCUGAUACACUUCUGCAACACUUUUACCAAAUACUUUACAUUAAAGCAUUUAUACUUUUGGAAAUCACAAUCCUUAAGAAGAGGCGUUUCAACACAGGACUACCAAAGACAUUUUAAUUUCAACUCCUAAAAAUAACCAUAUAACCUGUUCUAACAAAUAACCAAUACCUCAUAUUAUUUGUAAGUGUUUGCAGAAAAAACUUUACCAAUACCUCCACCCUUGGAUACUUGUAACCUUCAACUUCUAAUGUAACUGAAAAUCCCUCGAAGGUACAAAUAUUUUUCAUUGUUGACUUCACAAUAUCAGCUGAAGAAAGAAGAUGGUGGUGUCCAUGAUUGAGAAUUUAAGUAUAUCUACUUUUAGGCUUACGAUACGUCCACCACAGACAAAGGUUGAAUGUUAGCUUCGGGGUGUCUUUGCAAAAUACCCACAAAAAACCCUAGACGUGACAGAGCCACUAAAAAGGAUAACAUGCUAAAUAUUGUCCGCGUCACGGAAUGUUCCAUAAACACGCUAUGCUUGCAUGACAUUCACUCUUUAUUCAUCAUUAGUAUCAUAUGAUAUUUUAUAAUGAAAAUAACUCAUAGGGUAUAAAUAGAGUAAAAAUUAAAAACGUAUGUUUAUUGAAUUCUAGUUAAAAAUCUCUAAGGACAAAAAUUAAUGAAAUAGGUGAAACACACAGUGUUGGUGAAUUUAAAAAGGAAAGGUUCGAUGCAGUCUAGACAGUCUCUUGUAUAUGUAUAUGUAACUAACUGUAAGUGGUUACUAGUGAUGUCCCGAACGGUUCGCCGCAGACGGCGAACAUAUGCGCUGUUCGGUCCACCCCUAUUCGUCAUCAUUGAGUAAACUUUGACACUGUACCUCACAGUUGUCACGAUUCGGGGAACCAAACACGCCAACACACACACAAAGUGCAGUACCGGACCUUAGAGUGGCCGGGCUAAGCACACAAAGAAUAGUCAGGAAACAAGCCGAGUAAAGGGGAACCAGAAGACAGAAUAACGAUAGACAAACCGAGGUCAAAGGGUAGGAGAAAGUCACAAAGUCGGAUAAACAAGCCAGAGAGUACGUAACCAGAAACACAAGUUCAGUAGUAAUACUAGCAAGUAAAGACCACAACAGGGCGGAGAGGAACAGGAAAGGUAAGUAUUUAAAUCCAUAGGUUAAUUCUGAUUGGAUAAUUUCCAAUCAGAAUUAACAAUCACACGUGGGAGAUAUCUAAACCUCCCACUGUGAUUGAGGCACUGUGCCUUUAAUGCCGGGUCAGGUGACUGACCCCGGCGUUUGUUAAAAUGGGCGGUCUCCCAGCGUGCAGCGUCAUGCAUGCUGCCGCUGGGGGACACAGAGGAAGACACGGGCGGCAUCCGUGGCUGGGAGGAUGCCGCCCGCCGAGCGCACGCCAGGAAGGGGACCGCGGACGGCUGGAGUGUGAGUGCCACGAGCGGACUGCAACCUCCCCUCGCAGCCGCCCACGGGACCCUGACAACAGUCAGCAGACACAUUCCAGCCAAUCAGCAGCAGACCCUCCCUCCCAGACCCUCCCACCUCCUGGACAGCUCACUAAGAAUGCAGCUUCACAAUGAAUGUAAAAUGGAUGCUGUCCAGGAGGUAGGGGGGUCUGGGAGGGAGGGUCUGCUGCUGAUUGGCUGGAAUGUGUCUGCUGACUUAGGCAACCUUUCUCGUGUUUGUACUAUUUAGGGUUUAGGACCCUUUAUACCCACAUAGUCCAUUUAUAUGUUGACUUCGGAUUCAAGCUUUGCUUGACCCCUAAGGCUUCAUCUUUUCUUUAUCUAUAAUGAAAAUAAACUGUUCAGUUGUUCAUUCACUGUUUGGAUAAGGUCCCAUAUACACAUUGAUUAAUUAUUAUUUCACAUGAGCGUAUGUGAUCAAUCUUUUAUCAUAAUAUUUUAAGCUGCUCUUAAAGAAAAUGGCUGACACUUUAAAGAAAGCAGAUUUGCCUGCAGGCUGACUGAUUGCCACCAUAAAGAUUUGUUAUGUAAUUUAUCUAUUCAGGAAUGACAACAACACUUCAGGCAAUUAGUAUGACUCUAUGUACACAAACAUAAGAUCUGUUACACUGGGUGAUUCAUGGCUAUUACAGGCUCGUGUUAAAAUAGGGCAAUUAUAGAAAUGGCCUUGUGGCUAUAGAGGACUUGGUGAAGACACAGACACCAAUACUAUAUAGCAUUUUAAGCGCUUUUCUUUAAGGACGGCUAUUUAUAGAGCCUUUCAUCUUUUAUUUUACAUUGAUGCUUGGGGGGGCGGGGGGAUAUGCAGAAAAAUUCUGAGACUUCUUUUAGUCACUUCAUCGUGACCUAAUAGCAAUUUCUAUAAGUGGUCAAGCAAUUUAAACACUAAUACAACGGCUUCUUCUCAUCCUCCGCAAUAUUGGUCUACGAGAUACUGCUCUCUCCUGGUGCUCCUCCUACCUCUCCCAGCGCUCUUUCAGUGUUUCUUUCUCUGGCUCUGCUUCUUCUCCCCAACUCCUCUCUGUUGGUGUCCCCCAAGGUCCAGUCCUUGGUCCCCUACUGUUCUCCAUCUAUACUGCCUCCCUUAGUAAACUCAUUAGCUCCUUUGGCUUCCAAUAUCAUUUCUAUGCAGGUGACACGCAAAUCUACCUGUCCUCUCUUGAUCUCUCCCCGUCCCUCUUGACUAGUGUCUCUGACUGCCUCUCUGCUGUUUCUGACUGGAUGGCUGCCCACUUCCUUAAACUAAACUUGACCAAAACUGAAAUUCUGGUCUAUCCUCCCUCAACUGUUGUUACUCCUGUGUCUGUCUCCCUCCAAGUCAACGGUGCUACCAUCAGCUCCACCACGCAGGCUCGCUGCCUAGGUGUUCUCUUUGACUCCGACCUCUUCUUCAAGCCUCAUGUUCAAUCUAUUGCCAAAUCCUGUCAUUUCCAUCUCAAAAACAUUGCGCACAUCCGCCCCUACUUAACGCCUGAUGCGACUAAGGUGUUGGUUCACUCCACUGUCCUUUCUCGCCUUGACUACUGUAAUCCGCUUCUCAGUGGUCUUACGUGCUCCCAACUAGCGCCGUUACAGUCCAUAAUGAAUGCGGCGGCGAGGGUCAUCUUCCUGUCCGCCCACACCUCCCAUGCCUCACCUUUCUGUCAGUCCCUACACUGGCUUCCUAUAAAAUAUAGAGCUCAAUUUAAAAUUCUGGUUCUUGCUUUCAAAUCUCUACAUAAUGCUGCUCCCACCUAUCUAUCCUCCCUUAUACACAAGAAUGUCCCGUCUAGGCCCUUACGAUCUGCCGAAGACUUAUGUCUAUCGUCUGUCCGUACUCCCACCUCGGAUGCUCGCCUUCAAGAUUUCUCGAGGGCUGCACCGUUCCUAUGGAACUCGCUUCCCUCCUCCGUUAGAUGCUCACCCAGUCUCCACUCCUUCAAAAAAUCGUUAAAAACCCACUUCUUCAUAAAAGAGUAUCAAUUAAACUGUUAAUAGCUCCUGACUGAUUCCUCUUCUGCAACUGUCAUUAGUCUAAUACUAUCCUUACCUUUUUGUGUCAUUUUACCCCACUCCCUCUAGCAUGUAAGCUCAUUGAGCAGGGCCCUCAACCCCUCUGUUCCUGUGUGUCCAACUUGGCUGGUUACAACUACAUGUCUGUUCGUCCACCCAUUGUAAAGCACUGCGGAAUUUGACGGCGCUCUAUAAAUAUCAUAAUAAUAAUAAUUUAUACAAAGCACAGUCAUAUAUAAAGACAAAGGCAGUGUGUUUAAUGCACGUUGUUAUCCAUUUUAUUGUUGUAGGUCUCCGACAUACAUAAAUGUAAAGUCAUCCAUUCAGGGUCAGAUUUGCUUUUAAGAGGUUAAUCUAACCAAAAACAGUGUUUUAAUAAAACAAAAAACAAAAAGAGUAACCCUUGCCAUGCCUCAACCCCCCAUCCCAACUAAAAUAAAGAAAUAAAGCCAAUGUAAUCACACGCUUUCUCUGUGUUUGCUGGUGACAUCACAGGCAGCGUCCCCUACAUUUGUUUUCAAUCAUACAAGUCCAUACAAGUAGUCUCCAAACACCUCUGUUUUUAGGCUGCUUGUGGUGUUCAGUGUGUGGGAUGCUGCUUGUGAUGUUGUGUUCCUGUAUGUCAAUGUGUUGUGGUAGAAUUGUUAAUAGGGGCUGAGGUAGGUGCUAGGGAGAUGGGGCUGAGGUUGGUGCUGGGGGGAAUGGUGCUGAGGUGGGUGGAGGGGGAAAUGGUGCUGUGGUUGGUGCUGGGGGAGAUGGAGACUGAGGUGAGUGAAGGGGUAGAUGGGUACUGAGGUGGGUGGAGGGGGGCAUGGGGCUGAGGUUGGUGCUGGGUGAGAUGGGGGCUGAGGUGGGUGGAAGGGAGCAUGGGGCUGAGGUUGGUGCUGGGGAGAUGGGGCUGAGGUGGGUGAGGGGCAUAGGCUGAGUUGGAAGCUGGGGGAGAUGGGGGCUGAGGUGGGUGGAGGGGGGCAUGGGGUUGAGGUUGGUGCUGGGGGAGAUGGGUGCUGGAGGUGGGGGAAGGAGGCAUGGUGUUGAGGUUGGUGCUGGGGAAAUGGGGCUGAGGUGGGGAGGAGGCAUGGGGUUGAGGUUGGUGCUGGGGAGAUGGGGCUGAGGUGGGGGGAGGAGGCAUGGGGUUGAGGUUGGUGCCAGGGAGAUGGGGCUGAGGUGGGGGAGGAGGAAAAAUGGGGUUGAGGUUGGUGCUGGGGGGAGAUGGGGCUGAGGCGAGUGGAGGGGGUAUGGGGCUGAGGUUGGUGCUGGGAGAUGGGUGCUGAGGUGGGGGGGGAGGAGGCAUGGGGCUGGAGGUUGGUGCUGGGGAGAUGGGUGCUGAGGUGGGGAGGAGGCAUGGGUUGAGGGGUUGGUGCUGGGGAGAUGGGGGCCAGGUGGGGGGGGGGGGGGCAUGGGGCUGAGGUUGGUUCUGAGGGAGAUUGAGGUGAGUGAAGGGGAAGAUGGGUACUGAGGUGGGUGGAGGGGGCAUGGGGCUGAGGUUGUUUCUAUGGUGCUGGAGGAGAUGGUGGCUAAGGUGGGUGCUGUGGGCGAUGGGGGCUGAGGUGGAUGGAGGGGGGCAUGGGGCUGAGGUUGUUUCUAUGGUGCUGGAUGAGAUGGGGGCUGAGGUGGGAGAUGGGGACUGAGGUGGGUGGAGGGGGGCAUGGGGCUGAGGUGGAGGAGGGUAUUGGGAAUUUACAUACCUUCGGUUUAUAAAGGAGCCAGGCUGCUCCUCAGCUUCAGUCACUGUCUUAGCAGAUUCGAGAGGAGAGGAGGGGGCCAGAAGUGAUGUAACUUACCCUCCCCUGGGCCCCGCUUCCUCCCCUCACACGGAGCUCCACACAAGGAGAGAAUGGAGAUGACCUGGCAAGAGCAGGCUUGCUGCCGGCCAGGUCUCACUCUGCAGGUGAGGUAGGUGCUGGGGAACAACCUAUCCUGUGUAAUUGUGCCUCUUUGGAGACCUCCCCAGCCAGAGAGAGUUUAUGGCUGUUCAGCCAGCCGGGCCCCUGACUGCCUCGGUCCAUGACCAAUCUGCCCAAGUGGUCAGUCUGCCCCUGCUAAUAGGAAUGACAGAAUGGAAUGCCCAUAGACUUUAAAGGAACACUAUAGUCACCUAAAUUACUUUAAAAAUACAAGUACAGAGUUUAAGCGUGUAACCCAAAUAGAUACCAAAUCACUAAAAAAACACCCGUGUGGUAACCUCUCUAUCCACACAGCAAAUAACAUAAAAUCAUAUACAUAAAAUGGGUGGAAUUAUACGGUUCAGGGUAAAGGAUGGUAAUAUGAAGGCAAACGGAGUAACUGUGAAGAUAAAAUGGUAUACAAGCACCUAGUGCAAUAUCAUACAGUAUAAUAUUUUAUAAGCAUAAGAUGUAUGAUUCGGUACUCACAAGGAGGGAGCCAAUAGGUAAUGGCUCAAUCAAAGUGCCUGUGGGAUGGUUUGGAGGGAUCCCACUCCCUUUCAAGAUGCAGGUGAUCUUUCACUGGUUCCAAAAGAAGUGUCCACACCAAUGGAAUAUUGGGGACUAAAUUCCUUUUAAUGGUAAACAGUAAAGUACAAAUGUAUACAAAUAUAAAAUAAGAAAAAAUAGAGACUUGAUACUAAACUAUGGUAAGGUAAGUAAGUCCUCUGUACAGUAAAAAAGAGUUGCAAAACGCGUUUCGCCCAAAUCGUGGGCUUCCUCAGUUGCUAAUGAUGUCCGUCUGAUAGUGUGUAUUUAUAUCCAUCAAAGAAGAUGGUUUCUUCUGUGUUCGCGCGGUUUUUCUGUUUCCGGUCGCAUGUUGAUGACGUAUUUCCGGUCCGCGGAUUGUUGGUUAGAUCGCUGUUGGAACACAUAAACAAUAUGAAUAUCGGGUUAUAUACCCAGUAUUUAAUGGAGAAAAAAGAAAGAAAUAGCUAAAUUAUACAAAUAGAAAAUCUCAUAGACAUAUUGUAUAAAUAAAAAUCAUUUCAAAGAAUUAUAUAAUUGAGUUCACACACAUAUAUAAAGCGAAUCCAUGAUAUAUAACUUGUAAGUAAUGUAGAAAAAAAAAAGAGUAAAUGUAAAAUAUUAUAUAUAUAUAUAUUAUAUAUUUUACAUUUACUCUCUUUUUCUUUUCUUUUUUUUUCUCCUACAUUACUUACAAGUUAUAUAUCAUGGAUUCGCUUUAUAUAUGUGUGUGAACUCAAUUAUAUAAUUCUUUGAAAUGAUUUUUAUUUAUACAAUAUGUCUAUGAGAUUUUCUAUUUGUAUAAUUUAGCUAUUUCUUUCUUUUUUCUCCAUUAAAUACUGGGUAUAUAACCCGAUAUUCAUAUUGUUUAUGUGUUCCAACAGCGAUCUAACCAACAAUCCGCGGACCGGAAAUACGUCAUCAACAUGCGACCGGAAACAGAAAAACCGCGCGAACACAGAAGAAACCAUCUUCUUUGAUGGAUAUAAAUACACACUAUCAGACGGACAUCAUUAGCAACUGAGGAAGCCCACGAUUUGGGCGAAACGCGUUUUGCAACUCUUUUUUACUCUACAGAGGACUUACUUACUUUACCAUAGUUUAGUAUCAAGUCUCUAUUUUUUCUUAUUUUAUAUUUGUAUACAUUUGUACUUUACUGUUUACCAUUAAAAGGAAUUUAGUCCCCAGUAUUCCAUUGGUGUGGACACUUCUUUUGGAACCAGUGAAAGAUCACCUGCAUCUUGAAAGGGAGUGGGAUCCCUCCAAACCAUCCCACAGGCACUUUGAUUGAGCCAUUACCUAUUGGCUCCCUCCUUGUGAGUACCGAAUCAUACAUCUUAUGCUUAUAAAAUAUUAUACUGUAUGAUAUUGCACUAGGUGCUUGUAUACCAUUUUAUCUUCACAGUUACUCCGUUUGCCUUCAUAUUACCAUCCUUUACCCUGAACCGUAUCAUUCCACCCAUUGUAUGUAUAUGAUUUUAUCUAAUUUACUUUAGCUAAAUAAAGCAGUUUUAGUGUAUAGAUCAUUCCCCUGCAAUGUCACUGCUCAAUUCACUGUCAUUUAGAAGUUAAAUCACUUUGUUUCUGUUUAUGCAGCCCUACCCACACCUCCCCUGGCUAUGAUUGACAGAGCCAGCAUUGAAAAAAAAAACUGGUUUCAAUUUCAAACAGAUGUAAUUUACCUUAAAUAAUUGUAUCUCAAUCUCAAAAUUGAACUUUAAUCACACACAGGAGGCUCUUGCAGGGUCUAGCAAGCUAUUAACAUAGCAGGGGAUAAGAAAAUCUUAAUUAAACAGAACUUGCAAUAAAGAAAGCCUAAAUAGGGCUCUCUUUACAGGAAGUGUUUAUGGAAGGCUGUGCAAGUCACAUGCAGGGAGGUGUGACUAGGGUUCAUAAAUAAAGGAAUUUAACGCCUAAAUGGCAGAGGAUUGAGCAGUGAGGCUGCAGGGGCAUGUACUAUACACCAAAACUGCUUCAUUAAAGGGACACUAUAGUCACCUGAACAACUUUAGCGUAAUGAUCUGGGUGAACCACAUAUCCAAAAUUCACCCAGAUCCGUUCAGUAGUUUGGAAGAUACAGUUUAAUGCAGAUUCCGCAGAACAUAUAGAGGCAAUAUGAAAAAUAAUUACUGUUAAAUGUGUCCCCUGUUCUGUAGUUUAAAACUACUGAACGAUGUCUUUGUGCACCAAAUACCGGCGAGAUGGCACCGUGUAGAAAAGUCCAAACAGUGUCUGUGAGUUAAAAUGGCCACCAUCCAUUGUUCUCACCAUGUGCUUCAUCCAUUGUUCUCACUAUGUGCCUCUGAUAUAUGAAAUGGUGGCCACCCAGUAACUCCACAGUAUGUCCCCAGAUGGUUCUUAAAAGGCCAGCAGCAGCACAACACAAAUCCAUUAUGCCCAAAUCAGUUCCUUAAAGGGCAAUACAUCCCAGGGCCAUAGUCGCAGGGCAGGAGGCUGGCAAACAGCCCCCUCCAAAAACCAGUGGUGAGGUCACUUUCGCCACAAUGACAAGGAUACAUAACAGAAGGGAAUGCCCAUAAAGUAUAAUGGGAAGAAAAAUAUAUACUCUUUUGCAGGCAAUUCAGUGUUACGUAGGAAAUUAACCUUUACUCCAGGUGUUCCACAAGUACAACAGCAGAUUGUAAAAACUAUAUUAUAUAUUAAAUACCAGAAAAGAAUUACAAAGGGGAAGAGAAAAUGGUAGACAUUUAUAACAGACAGAACUGUGCUGCAUAUUAGCUCAGCAUUGUUCGAGUGUUCAUCUCUGCAAGUGAGACCUGAUACAUUCAUGUUGGCUAAUAGAAGAAAGGAUUUAAAGGUCCUCAGUGCAGGAUGGCAUACCUCCCAACAUUGGCAGGUAUGAAAUUGGAACUUGCCAGUGAUACUACUUCCACCUGUACUUAAAAGGAAACACAGAGCUGCCGAGACCAAAUACUGGUUAAAACAUAACAUUCAAUGAUAUGAUAAAAUAAGAUGAAAUCAUUUUUUUUAUUUUUUUAAAGAGUGAAAAUAUACACAAUAAUUGACUGAUACCACGUGGGAGAAACAUGUGGAAAAAAAUCAUAAACUCAAAAGAAAAUAUAUACCAAAACCAAAAUAAAUAAAACUAAAAUAUAAUAUAUGUAGAUUUCCUGCUGGUGUCUCAGAAUUCUAAACAGCUGACAAGGCUAUCCACUAAAGAACUGAUUUAAGAGCCUGUAACAAUAUCUGUGGAGCACCUACAAUGCUACAAAUGUCAUAUUGUUGAAAUGCCCUUGACAUACAAAAAUUCAGUCUGGGUAUGUCUCAGUGUGUGUACACAUGUAUGCUCUAUCUGUGUGUCUACAUUUGUACACCGCCCCCAGUUGUGUAUCUCUUAGUGCUAACCUCGCCCUGGCCACUGACAUCAUGUCUUAUUGAUGAAACUUUACUUAACAUGUAAAGAUAAUGCGGCUACACAAUAUCCAACCUACCCAGACCGCUGGUUAUAACGCAGCGCCACCUACAGGUCCUACAGGAAGCAACAAGUCUUGGGUAUAAUUACUGCUAGAAAUAACAAUGUCUGUUCAGAUGUGAUAUUAGAUGGGUGGAAAAAAAUUUAACGAAUAUGCAGAACAGAAAAUACAUUUCCUGUAAAUAUUAAAUCGUCAUACAAACCAUAUUAUGUAGAAAAUCUUAAUCUAGACAAGUGGUUACAAAAAAAUAUUGAACAAGUAGAUCAGUAAAUGGGGGAGGGUGGGGGGGUGGGAUAAAAUUAAAUCCUUUCCACAAAUAGUUCAAUGAUCUAACAAAGAGAUAUUUCCGUAUAUGAGAAUUAAAAAAUUUCUUAAUCAAAAUAUUCUUUGCAACAACACAGAGGGGGUCAAACCUAUCUGUUCAUUGUUUAUAAAUGAGCCAAUAGAUAAGGUGGUCUCAAAAACUAUGAGCGCUGUGUUAAAAAUGGAUGCUCCCACAACCAUUCCAGCGUGCAAAAAGUGGGAAAAGGAUCUAAAAAUUAAAAUUAAUAGAGAGGAGUGGUGCCGAGUUCUUUCUAAAACCUGUAAAAUUGUCCACUGCUUGAAUCUAACAGAAAUGAUCUUCAAAGUAAUGAAUAGAUGGUAUCUGGUCCCGACGAGACUGGCUAAAAUGUGUAACUCUGCCUCCCCACUAUGCUGGAGAUGCAAUACACAACUUGGGUCUUUUAUCCAUAUCUGGUGGGACUGUGAUACAAUUAAAAAUAAAUGGAAAAAGGUUUUUACAGAACUAGAAAUUUUGUUAACUAAACCGAUUCCUAAAGCUCCAGAGAACGCUAUUUUACAUCUGAAUAUUAAACAACUGCAAAAAGAAAGAGGUAUUUAUUUAUAUUCACUUUAUGAUUGCAGUGAAAAUUCUUAUUGCCCAAAAUUGGAAAUCCUCAAAUACUUUCACACUAACUAACCUGAAUCCACAGGUGCUGUAUCAGUUAAAUAUGGAAUCACUACUGUUUAUAUCUUAGAGACUAGCUCCUAAGAAACAUCUUGAGUGUGAAAAUUGGAUAAAAAAAGUUACAGAUUUUUUUUGUCUUAUCAGACCCGGUGGUAAGUAUUCUUUAAAAAACGAUUUGAGUUAUUGUUCAACGGUUAAUUUCCCUCAAUACCCCUGUAGGCAGUGUGUGUUUUUGUGUUUUUUCUUUUUUGAAUGUUCUAUAUUUGUCUGUCAUUUUUGUAAAUAAAGGAAAACAUCUUGUAAACAGAAACUCAAAAUAAAUUAUUUACCAAAAUAGUGGCUAAAACAUAACAUUCAAUUAUAUUAUGAUAAAAUAAGAUGAAAUAUUUUUAAUUUUUUUUUUUAACGCGUGAGAAUAUACACAAUAAUUUACUGAUACCACGUGGGAGAAACGUGUGAAAAAAAAAUAAUCAUAAACUCAAAAGAAAAUAUAUACCAAAACCAAAAUAAAUAGAACUAAAAUAUAAUAUAUGUACAUUUCCGGUUGGUGUCUCAGAAUUCUAAACAGCUGGCCAGGCUAUCCACUAAAGAACUGAUUUGAGAGCCUGUAACAAUAUCUGUGGAGCACCUACAAUGCUACAAAUGUCAUAUUGACAUACAAACACAUAGAGAAAUUCAGUCUGGGUAUGUCUCAGUGUGGGUACACAUCAUGUAUGCUCUAUCUGUGUGUGUCUACAUUUGUACAUCGCCCCCAGUUGUAUAUCUCUUAGUGCUAACCUCCCCCUGGCCAUAAACACACACUGACAUCAUCCUGUAAAGAUAAUGCGGCCACACAGUAUCCGACCUUCCCAGAGCGCUGGCUGUAACGCAGCGCCACCUACAGGUCACAGCGCGGAAUGACACCCCACGUGCGCCCAGUGCGUGUUUCCCCCACGUGCUCUGGUCCAGCUGGUCGCUGCCCGAUGUGCGUCAUCCCGCGCAGGGGUUUGUGGGAGUACCCUCGGCUUCCUCCUUCCUUUCACGCGGCCAUCACUAACGAGGCCAGCUGCGGUCUCCCCUGUCUUGAGUUCGGGAAGUUUUAGACCUUUACUGCCGAUGCCGGGAAAACUAAACACGGGCGCAAUGGACACCGUAACCACCAAGGAGAAGGUGAGGGCCAGUGCGGGGCUCGGGGGGCCAGCGUGGGGGGCCGGGUGGCCGGAUACGGACAGCCAGAUGUGGAGCACGUUAGUACGCAGUCCGCGGGUGCUGGGACAUAGAGCAACCCUGGCUCCCACAGGGCCCUCUGGACUACAUAUCCCGGCAUGCCUAGCCAGCCAUUCCAUAGGCUGAGCAUCAUGGGAAGUGCAGUCCAGAACUUUUAUAAAGUUAGUGUAAACUCACCUGCUGUAUAUGUGUACCUGGGUUACCUAUGGGUAGACUCUCCCCCAGCUUUUCAUGAUGCUGCUGGCUGCUCACUAAAAGGGAGUAUUCUAAAUUAAUUUAAAGUUAUAAUAUACUCUUUUGCAGGCAAUUCAGUGUUACGUAGGAAAUUAACCUUUUACUCCAGGUGUUCCACAAGUACAACAGCAUAAUGGUAGUCAGUAGUUAUUGUUGUGCUGACUUUGCUGCACAAUAUGAAAUACAUUUGUUUAUGCAUUGUCUUGUGAGAGCUUUCUAGAAACAAAACCCUAAAUGAUGCUCAAAUCACUUUAAUAUUUAGAUUAGUUUGUCGUGCGCAAGUGAUUUUGCUGAUUUUUGUUUUUAUUAAUAACAAAAGAAUAAAUCCCUUGCUUGCUUGUUCAUUGCGGGAAUGCAGGCAGGCAAACCACAAACUUUCCAACCUCCAGUUGUCACUCUGGACAUUUGGAUAACUGCACAUUUAAGCCACACUGCAUGCAGCCUAUCGAUAAGCCUGGUGCCACUAAAAGUGCCUCCAGCUGACACAGGAACGCUAGUUGUGAGCUGGGAUUUAACCCUGCUCAAGUCGCAAAACAGCCAAUGGGAAUUAAAAUGCCCAUUUAAAUGGGUGUGUGAAGCGCUUACUUUAAAUGCUGCAUACAACAUCUCUGCUGGUCUGGGGACACUAAAUAGACCCCAGCUGACAGAGAGGAGCCACAGGUAUUGAUACAUGAGAUUCCUUUAUGUGAGCAUUAAGUUUAUCUUGCUCACACUAGAACAUUAAGAUGUGCCAAUCUGUCCUUAUGGCUUUAAGCCAAUUAAAAGGACUUCUAACAUGGCAAAGUUGUUAAAGGAAAGUUUAGUUUUCUGGGGGUAGUCUGUUUUCAUGCGGUGACUGUAAAGGGUAACAUUUUUCCCUUGUGUGAUCUAUGCUUUUGUGCUCUUUGAUAUUUUUGGUUUCAAACAUCUCAUGGAAACACUUCUCCAAUAUUUUUUCCAGCUUCUUCUGACUUCUUCUGGUCAGUAAAUUAACCAGAUGAGAGGAAAUCAGCCUGUCUGCCUGUUUUUUGUUUUUUUAAAUGUAUACAUUCACUGUGGCCAUUGGGUUUAGAACUAAAUAUAUGUGCUACUCUGCUGUGGAUUUUAACAAAGUGUUAGUCUGGUUAUGAUAUCUAUAUACUGACAUGCUUAUUCUCAGUUUUAUAUAAAAUAAUUAUGCAAUUCUAGAAAGGUUAUUUCUGCAAAUCUCUUAUUACCUUUAACACAAUAGGUUUAUUAUCAGUGUCAUGACAAGUCACCAGUUGUCUGAGCAAGAAAUUAGUUAACAAACCCAAAUAAAUAAAACAGGUCCAUGUUGAACUGUACAAGUAUAUGUAUAAAUACAUCCUGCAAUUGUAAGAUAUAGUUAAUUUCCUUGAGCCAUAAUGUAUCCUUAAACUUUUUUUUCCCCUUUCCAGAAAGUUACUGAAACUCCUACACUCAAGAAACAAAAGAGAAAACUUCAGAAUGGGGAUACAGAAGGACUUGAUUUGGAACUUGUAACUGAUUUAAAUGGACUGGAAAACGGCGAGAUUAAUAAUAAUAAUAAGGUGAAAUAGAUGCUUAAAGGUUUUUAAAAACAUAUUUUUAACAGAAGAUAGCAUGGAAGAUUUUUUUUUUUUUUUUUUUUGUGUGUGUGUGUGUUUGUCUGUGUUUAGGCCUCCCAACCUGUUUGCAGAAGUAUAUUAACAGUGUUUCUGUUGUUGGCGUGAAAAACUAUAAAAAGAAAAAAUGCCACCAUACUGCUGAUUAACUACAUGUAAUAUUAUAUUGAUUGGCUUUUAUAUAGCACCAACGUAUUCUAUAGAGCUUUGCGGUUUAAAUGUGGAUAUAUAACAGAGAGAAAUUUUUUCACUUAUUUAGAGUGUUAAUGGGAAACGAGUUGUUGUGUGUUUUUUAUUUAUUUAUUUUUGGACCCUGCUCAAACAUGGGUUCAGUCUAAAGGUAGUUAAAGGGACACUCCAGGCACCCAGAGCUCUUCUGCCCAUUGGAGUGGUCUGGGUGCCAACUCCCAUCACCAUUAACCCUGCAAGUGUAAUUUUUGCAGUUUUUAUAAACCGCAAUAAUUACUUUGCAGGGUUAAGUCCUCCUCUAGGGACUUCCGGCUUCUUAGAACACAAAAAGUGUUUUAAAUGAUGCUGGACGUCCUAACGCUAUGCACGAGGACCUCCAGCGUCGCCUGUUUCCCCGUAAGAAAGCAUUGAACAAUGCUUUACUAUGGGGAGGUUUAAUGCAUUAUGUCUCUCGGCAGGGGAGGAUGGUGGACGGAACCCAGUAAGUGAAGGUUUUAAUCCCUUCAGCAACAUGGGAUGGGGGUUGGGAGGGAGGGAAGGAAGCACUGCAGGAUCCUGCAGUGCCAGGAAAACGGGUUUGUUUUCCUGGCACUGGAGAGUCCCUUAAACUUUAAAAGGAUACUCGAUGUAGAGUACACAAAGUUCAGGCAAUCCAAGUAUAGGUAGCUUAUACAUCCAAAUGUACAUAUUGAUCAGACCCGAUAUGGAACGCCAAAUGGACACCAUAUCACCUUCCAAGAUAUACAAAAGCUCUAUUUCUUUAUUUUAAAAAUACAUAAGUUUGAGAUUGGGGGGGGGGGGACCCCACCACACCGAGAGAGUUGUCCUAUGUGUUCCGUGGUCUCAGAUGAAAGGUGAAACGCGUAAGACAUUGGUUCCCAGUGUGGUGAAACCCUCUAAUAUUGAUACAAAAAAUACUUUACUCACUUCACUCUGAGUCAAAAACAAAACAUGGGUGUGUUAGUCAAUUGGGCCUGGCCAGUAGAUUACUUUUUUAUUUUCUUAUUCAACAGACACCGAAACAGAAGAAAAAGAAGAAGCUUGCAGAAAAAGAGAGUCCUUCUGAAACCGCUGAUCAAUGUAAUGGAGAGCAGAAUGAUAACGAUGCUUCUACUCCAAAGAAAGUUAAGAAGAAAAAGCCAAAAAAGGGCAAAGCUGUAGAUAUAACAGAGCAAGAAACAUCCUCCCCUGAACCUCAGGUUAAUGGAGGGCAGGUAAAUAUUAUAUUCUUUCAUUAUCUACAGAGACAGAAGGUGUAAUCUUAUAUUUUUGCUAGUGUAUCUCAUAAAGAGGUCAAGCAAAAAAAAAAAUCUGUAGUGUCAUAUAUGUCUAGAUUUUUGUGUUUUCAUUCUGGACUUUCAUUUAUGGCUAAAUGUUAAAAGCUUUUUCCGACACACUGUUUUCAUUUUAGAGUGGCAAAAAAUCUAAACCCAAAAAAAAGAAAUUGGCGAAUGCAGAAAACAAUAACGCAGAUAAGUCUGCUGACUGCGACGAACCAUCAGCCAAGAAGAUGAAAGUAGACCCAUCUGCAUCAAAUGCAACUUCAGGAAAUGAUGGAAAUGAAGAACCUAAAUCAGAUGAUGAGGUAUGGGAAGCUAACUCUAGAGCACUCUGAUGUAUAGUAAAUGGCAGUACACUCAUAGAAUAGUUAGAUCUGACUUCUGUUUGAAUAACUGUUAUGAAAUGUGAAGAGACAACUUGUGCUCAAUAAAUGACGCUGUAAAACGUCAUUAAUAUUCAAAGAAAUAACCGGGUUGUUGCCAAACUUUAGCCUUUGAGUAACAUCUAUUCUAUCUAAGAAGGCUUAUCUUCUGUACAAAUAUAAUAAAACCUUCUUAGAAAAUGUCCUGAACAAGAAAAUGUGUAUUUUUUUUUUAGAGGUGCAAGUGAAACUAUUAGAUUUCAAAGAGAGUUAAUGCAUCUCAACAAUUUAGAGUGAGCGUUAUUAACGUCUUAAGGACACUGCUACAAAAAUGUCUUACCAUUAAGGACACAAGCCUUUUGCUGUUUGUGUUCAAACGCAAUUUGCCUCUCUGUCAUUUAUUGCACCAACACAUUAUUAUAUAACUUUUUUUUUUUUUUUUUUUGAGGGCAUAAAUGGCUUUAAUUUGAUGUCACUUAUACAUAUAAAUUCUCAUUAAUUAUAAAACAAAAUAGAGGGGGGAAAAACAAACCAAAUUUUUUCAGUUUUGGUAAUAGCGUGUGUAUAAUGUCCAGCUUACGACAAGUAAUUCAAAAUAAAUUAAUUUAUGUAUCUUGAUUUAUAGACUACAUAAUGUGUAGGAUUUCAGCUUAUUUAAUAGUUAGUGUACAAAAUGCAAGGACUAAAAUAACAACAUUUCAAUGUGAAACAAUUUUAAAAGUUGGUAUGUUUGUCUUGUAGAUUUAGUAGCCAUCACAGAAAACAAAAUUCCUGCGCAAAAGUAUAAUUUAUAUAAAGUAGACAUCACAGGCUAUUUACCUAAUUUUUUUUUUUAUGUAGCCAUUUUAUCACCAAUCUCUGCCAAAUAUUGGAUUAAAAUUGUGUUGUUUUUUUUUCUCUAUUUUAGCAUAUACACAUAUAACAAGGUUUUUGUAAUGUGUAUUUUAUAAAGCUGGUGUGCUAUUCCUGCACAGAACCCCAUAUUGUGUUCAGUUACAUCUGUGGAGUAUAAUGAUACCUCUAUUGUAUACCUUUUGGCACUAUUCUGUGAAGCUACAAUGCCAUAUAAGAGACUAGGCUAUUUCAGUUUCUAUAGUUACAAUUUUCAUAGAUGGAUUUGACAGGCCUAUGUCUCAAUUUGGGAUAUUAUAGCAGUUUGACUGUUCCAAUAACCCCACAAAGGGCUUCCAUUUGAUAAAGCACACACUCAUGGGUAUCUUGUAUGGUAUAUAUUGUGCCAUAACUUGUCACCAUUUUCCCGCCAAUGUUUGUGGUGAAGGGCAAUAAAAUAUUAUCUUACACUUGAUAUGUGCCAAUGUCAUAAAAAAAACAAAUUAUGUUCAGUUACAUCCUCUGAGUAAAACAGAAUGCCCGAUGUAUGACCUAGACACUAUUUUGUUAAGUUACAGGGCUUUAAAAGAGGUGUGACAAGUUCAGGUUUUUAAGUGUGAGUUUAAAUGGAGGGUUUUGAUGCGUCCGUGACCCACUUUGGUGCACUUUAGCAGGCUACAUAUUCCAACUACACUAUAAAGGCAUACCGUUUCUUAAAGAAGACAUCCCAUGGUAUUUCAGAAGGCAUAUUUUGAACCUUAGUGUGGGAUCAUUUUUUCACUAGCUUGUACCAAGUGCAGUGAUAAUAAGCAUUUUUAUCUGCCUUUUUGACACUCAAGUGUAAGUUACCUUGCAUCCUGUGGGCACCGGACACAAAGUGUCAAAAUCACCAUUAUUUGCCUUUGCAAAUUAGGCAAAGACCACACAAAAUGACACAGCUGCUUUAAGCUUUUUUUUUUUUUUUUUUUAAUUUAUUUUCUAACGGUUUCUUAUAAAAAAUAAAAAAAAAUUUGUUUAAAGAUUAAACCCUUUUUGUGAAGUGCCAGGGCUGGCGUCUGUAUUAUAUUGGAUAUCAGUAUGUGGUAUGAGGCAUCCUUUAUUUCUCAUUUAAAUCUGUAGCACUAAUAGUGUGGUUUAUGGUUAUGUUUUUGUUUUUUAAUCCCUUGUCCAGGAAACUAAAAUGGAGAAGGCAGCUGGAGCUUUUGAAAAUUUUCCCAUUUCCAAAGAAACCAUAACCAAUCUCAGAGGUAAGAUUUUGUUUGUGUGUGUAUAGUAAAUAUCAAGGUGAAGUAGUGGUGGGGAUUAUUCACCUGUCUUGCUGUGGUCUGAAAUUUCUUGGAUGAAUUCCAUUUUGUUUUUCUUUCAUAUUGGAGAUUAUUCGUUGGCUAUAAUUAUUGCUGGAGCACAGUUUUGCUAAAUAUUGUCUACAAUGUAACUGCAAAUAAUAUAAUGUUUAAUUCUUUCAACAGCUAAAGGAGUCUCUUACCUGUUCCCCAUCCAAACCAAAACAUUCCACACUGUAUACAGCGGCAAAGAUGUGGUGGUCCAGGCUCGCACUGGUACGGGGAAAACAUUUUGUUUCGCAAUUCCUUUAGUUGAAAAGUUAAAUGAGGACAAGGAACCAUUGGCCAGAGGAAGACCACCCAAGGUAUGGGUACCUGUUCAUUAAGAGUUCUGGUUUAUAUGUUGAUUUUUCUUGGGGGGGGGGGGGUGAGGCAGCAGUCAUGUUAGUUUGUAUGUUGUUUUGUAACAUUUGUAUAUUUUAAUACUUUAGAUUACGUAAGUGAAAUUAUAUUAUUUUGGAAAAUUGCGUUGGUUAGAAAUUCAGAUUUAAAGGGACAUCAUAAACACUACAUCUCAAUGUGGACGUUAUGUAGAUUAGUCUUUUCAGUGAUAGUUAAAAAAAAAAAAAAAAAAGCACUUCUCCUUGGCUUUAUUAAUAAUGUUGAUCUCAUUGAAAGGCUGUGUGUGAUAGGCUAACCAGCGUCCAGCACUCCACUGGCAGAUUCUGGGUGCUUCAGAGACCUCGUAUUUUAGGUUGUUGUGUUUUUUUUUUUUUUUGUUUUUUUUUAAGAAUCUGUCAGACAAACACCAAUCUAUAGACUCUAGGCCAGGCUUCCCCAAACUCCGACACUCCAGAUGUUGCUAAACUACAACUCCCAUGAUUCUAUGAAUGAAAUGGGCUGAGAAUCAUGGGAGUUGUAGUUCAGCAACAUCUGGAGGGCUGGCGUUUGGUGAAGCCUGCUCUAGGCUAUAUUUAAGAUGCUUGGUGCUGCAUUGAAGGAACACUAUAGUGGUAGGAAUAUAAACAUGUAGUAUUCCUAACACUAUAGUGACGGAGAGGCUAUUCAGGUGUCCUACCCCCUCAGAUUGCAGUGAAAUGCUAUUUAAAUCCUCUUUUUACCCCCACGUCUAGCUGUGUCUGGCUCCGCUUCCAUGGCUGAGAUUAUCAAUCUUAAUCUCAGCCUAUCCAAUGCUUUCCAAUAGGAAAGCAUUGGAAGGUUAUUGUGCACAUGCAACAAAACGCCAAUUGGCCUUUCCUCACACAGAUGUAUUAAAUCGGCUCCCUGGAGAAUGCUCAGCGUCUCCAUGCAGAACAUGGAGAUGCUGAACGCCAGUGCCAACACUGCAGGAACAGGCUAUAUACAUCUGAACCAUUACAUUAAGCUGUAGUGGCUCAGGUGAGUAUAGUGUUCCUUUAAUUUCACACCUUGUUUGCUAGUGCUAUUUGUUAGUAAACCUUCCUCACCUCGGAUUUCUUGUGAUUGACAAAUUGCAGCAGAUUGGUUGCUUUUGUGCUGUGCUAGAUAUUUCAUAAACUGACGGAACUAUGAUUUUGUCAAAAACGGUUUGGAAAUAAAAUCUGGCUUUUCUAGUCUGUUUAUGGUGAAGUAGCUCUUUUCUUGUUAUUUCUCAGAUUCUAGUUCUCACACCCACCAGAGAACUUGCCAUCCAGAUCGCAAAUGAAUUCCGUGCUAUCUCAAAGAAACUGAAGAUUUGCUGCUUCUAUGGUGGAACACCUUAUCAGCAACAAGGUACGUUUUAUUUAUUUGUAUUUUUUUUGUAUGUUAAUUGGCUGCUGUGCUUAGAAGUAAAGACUUCAAAUAUUUAGUCCAAUGCUGUCCAUCAGUAGUAUUUAAUUAUCUUUAUUUUGUGAGCAUAAACAUUAGUCCUAAUCUAUCACUUUUUUAUGGACACUGUGUAACUUUCUUCCUGGCAUUUACUACUAUGUAUAUUUAGCUUUAGUUUUGUUUUGUAUCAGUACUUGAUGUCUAUUUCUGUCCCUGAGAGUGCAUUGUGUUUCUUUUCCAGUAUUCUCAAUUAAAGAGGGCAUUGAUGUUGUGAUUGGCACUCCUGGACGUGUAAGAGAUCUUAUCCAAAACUAUCAUCUGAAUUUUGGCGUCCUGAAACAUGUGGUUCUAGAUGAAGUUGACAUGAUGUUUGAUAUGGGAUUUGCUGAACAAGUAGAAGAAAUAUUGAGUGCGCGUUACAAGUCUGGUAUGUUGACACUAAAAAUACUUUUAGCAAUGCAUCCUUUCUGAUUAAAUUUUUUGAUAUUCUUAUUUUAAUGUGUUAAUGUAACAUAAUGUUCCAUGAGUAUUUAGCUUACCAUUUUUCAUAACAGAAUUUCAUGUAUAGUUGCCAAAACAACUUUAGCUUAAUGUUGCAGUUUUGUUGGAUAAAUCAUGGUCCUACAGUCUCACUGCUCAAUUCUCUGCUAUUUAGGAGUUAAUAACUUUGUUUACGCAGCCCUAGCUAUACUUUCCUGCAUGUGACUUACACAUCUUGCCUAAACACUUCCUGCUAAGUCAUCUAAUGUUUACACUUCCUUUAUUGCAAACUCUGUUUAAUUUGGAAUUUCUUACCUCCUGUUCUGAUAAUGGCUUCCUAGACGUAGGAGGAGCCUCCUUUGUGUGAUUAAAGUAAGUUACAUCUGAUUGAAAAUGAAACCAUUUUGUUUCCAUGCAGACUGUGUUGGUUACAGUCAGGGGAUGAUUUGACUAGGGCUGCAUAAACCGAAACAAAAGUGGCAUGAUCUGUACAGCAAAACUUUCAUUAAACUAAAGUUGUUUUGGUGACUAUGGUGUCCCUUUAAGAACAGUAGAAAACCAUUCCUCCUACACGUAUUAAGACAUUACAGUAUCCUUUCUGAGCAUAAACACAGUAAAAGAAUUACCGCAUUAUGACGAACUGUAUGUUUUCCUUGAUACUUACUUACGAAUAUAUGAUGCUACCUUAAAACAUUUUUUUUUUUUUUUUAAAUGCCUUACUGUUUUUUAAAAAAUACUAAUUUAUCUAUUUUUAAUAAAGAUCCUACAGAGAAUCCUCAGACCCUACUUUUCUCUGCGACAUGUCCCAACUGGAUGUACAACGUUGCUAAAAAAUACAUGCAAACAGAAUAUGAAAAAAUCGACCUUGUGGGACACAGGAGUCAGAAGGCUGCAAUUACUGUGGAGGUUAGUCCUGUUUUAUUGGGAGGGGGCUAAAAAAAAAAUCUUUAUUUUUUUUUUUUUUUUUAAAGUGCUGAUUUGAAUCUCGUGUAUAUGUAUGUAUAAUUUUUUUUCAUAUUUCCAGCAUUUAGCCAUAGAAUGUACAAGAUCCCAAAGAGUCCAUGUUCUUGGUGACAUCAUUCAAGUCUACAGUGGACGUCUAGGAAAAACCAUUGUGUUCUGUGAUUCCAAGUUAGAAGCUCAUGAGUUAUCUACCAACUGCGCAUUAAAACAGGUUUGAAUAUUUUAUUUUUCUCUUUUGUAGCAUUCCAUGAAAAAGUCUUUAUUUUUUCAUGUCAAAGACAAACUUAAUUUUCCUGGAUUUCCAACCACUUUGUUUCUGUUGUUGCAGAGUGCCAAACCUUUACAUGGGGACCUCCAACAGAAGGAACGUGAAGUCAUCUUGAAAGGAUUCAGACAAGGAACCUUUCAGGUUCUUAUUGCAACCAAUGUAGCUGCUCGGGGGUUGGACAUUCCAGAAGUUGACUUGGUCGUCUUAUAUUCUGCUCCAAAGGUGACAAAUUGAUUUUAAGGUUAGCUGUUUUAGUCUAUAGAAUUAAGUUCUCUAUUUUAUUUAUAUUGCCUCUCCCCUCUGUUCAUAGGAGGCAGAUGCAUAUGUUCAUCGUUCAGGGCGCACAGGCAGAGCUGGGCGAACAGGAAUCUGCAUAUCUCUCUAUGAUCCGAGAGAAAGUUAUUGUCUGCGCAAUGUGGAACGAAGCACGGUAUGUAUAGAUCUGGGUAGCCAGGACUUGGAGUAAACUUUUACUCGUGUCUGUAUAUGACAAUCUAUAUGUAGAUACUUGAGACCACCACCCAUAGGCCAAUUACAGGACAAGAAACCACUACCCUUUCAGUACCUUGAAACCACCUAGAGCACAUUUUUGGGUAGUUGACAAACUAUAACAUUUAGUGAACCAAACUCAUGACUUGAAUUCCAGAGUUGCACAGAUAUCAAUAGCCACAGGUUGGGAAAGGUGUUUACAUGUAUCACAACACAAUAUUUGUAAAAAGAAAAAGAGAAACCGGUUGCGCCAAAUACAGAGAGGGUCUUUUCUUGUAUAGUAUUUUUGGGUUGUUAGGGUACCCAAGUUUGUGUUUGAUGCCCACCAGAGUCAGCUCUGUAUCUAUUCCACCUAUUGUUUGCUUACAACAAUAAAUAUCACCUUUAGGCAUAGGAGUGGAUUGUGUAUAACAUUACAACAUAAAGUAAUGUUUUUGGCAGGCAAAAAAGGUGAAAAGCUUGCUGGAUAAAAUUCACUUCUAUAAUGAAAGGACAGAUAUUGAACUAAAAGUUGUAUCUGUAAAUAGACCUCUUCGCUUCAAAAUGUAAAUGCAGAUGGCGAAUAGUCAUAUUGGUGCACUGAGACCCGUGCACUACUGCCGUAAAACAUUACAAGGUUUAUAAUGCAUGGUAUGAUGGCACCCACAAUAAUGUAUGACACGUAAACACUUGAAAGCACUAUAUACCCUUUUAAAUAAUCGUAUUUAUUGUAGUUUUCAAUUAUUUUUUUUUGUGUGGAAACUUGUAACUUGUUUUGUGAAGUGACAGAUCAACUUUACAAUAAUGUUUUUACUAGGUAUAAAGUCUUUCAUUGGUCGUGUCUUUAAACGGUUUAGUAAAUUCACUGUGCCUCAUAUAUUGUAUUUGUUUAAAAAUGUCUAAAUCUGUAUAGGUUUUAAAGCAAGUAAACAAUUUGAUUUGUUUUCUCUAGGGAAUCACAUUCAGACGUGUUGGAGUGCCCUCCCUUUUAAAUGUUGCAGAGUCAUCCAGUGCUGAUGCAAUAAAGUAAGGCAAUUUACUGUAUUCCAUUUGAUCUUUUCCACACAAACCAUAACCAGGGAAAACAAAACACAAAAAAGUUAAUUUGUCACGGUCAAAGUUUUGUUACAUUUGUCCAGGAUAGCAUCCUGCAAUAACUUAAAAAAAACAUAUUAGAAUUAUACCACUUUAAUAGAUUUCCUUGUAAUUCAAAAAGUGUUAUAGUUAAAUAUCCACGUGAAACUAGUAAUAAAUAUGUUAAAUUGGCAAUUGGCUUGGCUGAGAGGGCGCACAGCUUUGCAGCUUCUUCAGCCUUCGUUCCAAAUAGGCUUCUUACAAUGACUAAAGAUGUAAAAACUCUGUUUUCAAGUCACUUGUCCGGGGGUCCCAAUAGCAACAGGCCAGAGAUUGUCCUGAUAUUUUGAUCUACCAGGCUGGAGAUGCAUGGCUAAGGAGAGGUGAUUGCUAUUGCUAUUCCAUCAAUCCUCGACUACCUGUGAGCCCCCUACCUGUAAACUUAUAGCUGCGUAAGCUAGGGAGAAAGGGAAUUAAACCACACGUCGCCUCAUGUGCAGGGACAUAGCUGCUGAUGUGUCAGCAAUUGAAAGUUUCUGCCAUACUUGAUCCAAGAAGAAAGCAGUAUCUUUGAAAUGGUGCCAAAAGCUGAGGAUUUGUUUGGUACUAUUUAUUGAUUGACGUGCAUUCCUACAGGGGGUUAUCCACUAGUGGGGAUUCCAAGUGAACAUCAGAUAUAGGGGCAAAAUAACCAACCUGUGGGCAUAGCUGACUUUUUAUCCAGUUCAGAUAUUAUGACCUUGAAUUUGAAAUUCACUUUAAAUUUUCUUUUAAUAAUUCUGCUAGACUUGCUCUAGGCUGAUAAAGGUAGGGUACUCAGCUGAAGUCUGAACUGCAUAUUGGUUAUGUUUCUUGGCCUUCUUUUGACAUUUAAAGAAACACGAAGGGCACCAUUAACAAGUUCAUUGAAAUUAAGUUGCUUUGGUAAUAAAAGGUCCCUGAUGCUGGCUUACCUUUUAGGGGUUAAAUUAUUCACAAACGGUUUAACCACAAAACCUUUUCUCCGGUGUCUGAUCGAUCUGCCCCCUUCGACAUCCGCUUGCUGUGAAGAGCUUGAAAACAGAAGUCACAAGCCGGGAAGGCACUGAUUGGCUUAGUGGUCAGCUGAUACUCGUAGCCAAGCAGUGGCUGCCUAUUCAUAAAAAUUGAGAAAAUUGCAUGCUUGUUUUCGAGUGAUUAUACAAAUGACACUCUAGUUUUGUUUUUUUAAUAAUAAUAAUGGUUCCCCCGGCCCCCCUCUAGCCACUUACCUUAAUCCAGUGCUGGGCUCACUCUGCGCUGGUGACCUCUCCUUCCCCUGCCAGAGAUGCGCGCGCAUUCAAACCUGCCCAUAGGAAAGCAUUACUCAGUGCUUUCCUAUGGGGAUUUUAUUUGACACUGGACUCCGUGAGGACGUCCAGCGUCAUUUCAGUGCGAAUUCUUUUUUUAAUGAAAAUCGUGGAAGCAGCCUCUAGUGACUGUCGGGUAGACGGCCACUAGAGGCUGGAUUAACACUGCAAUGUAAACAGGGGGACCUAGCACUCGGACCACUUCAUUGAGCUGAAGUGGUCUGGGUGCCUAUAGUGAUCCUUUAACUCAUUAAGGACCAAACUUCUGGAAUAAAAGGGAAUCAUGACAUGUCACACAUGUCAUAUGUCCUUAAGGGGUUAAGUUUGUUGAGAUAGGAGUUCAGAGAGUCUUUCAACUGUUGACUUCUUAGGUGUGAGGUGCAACUUUUUUUUAUCUGUAUCUAAGGUUUUGGUACCAAACAAAUAGUUUACAGCUCCUUGCUAAAAGAACAUGUUGCAUGCAAUAUGUAUUUUUUUUAAAGAACAUUUAUUGACGUGUAAACAGCAUCGCGAUUUUGGAAUAAAUGUUCCUCCGGAAUUAUUAUGCAAUCAAUUAUUAUGAAUUCUAUGCACUUUCCUUACAAAGUCUAUUUCCAGCUACCUCGGUUAUUAAAUGCUUAGGGGUUUUUGUUUUGGUUUUUUUUUCACCAUUUGAAUGCCAAACUUCCUGCUGGGACAAUAAAAUUACUUCUCUAGAAUACAAUGUUUUAUCAAUAACUUUUUUUUUUUUCUUCCUUUUCCCACCCUCUCUCACUCCUACAGAUCAUUAGAGUCAGUUCCAGCUGAUGUAGUAGAACAUUUCAAAGGAUAUGCUGAGGAGCUCAUUGAGAAGAAGGGAGCUCUAACUGCCCUGGCUGCAGCAUUGGCUCAUAUAUCUGGAGCUACCUCAAUCGCACAACGUUCCCUCCUCAACAUGGAACCAGGCUUUGUGACUGUAGUCUUGCAGAGUUCUGUACCCAUCAACACAAUAAGCUAUGCAUGGAGAUCUAUUAAGGAACAAAUGGGAGAGGAGAUUGAUUCACAAAUCCAUAGAAUGUGUAUGUUGAAGGAUUCCAUGGUAAGCCUUUAAGACCUCUUACUGCUUUUAAUGUUACUGGAUUAUAUUGACUAACAAACUGUAUUUUUAUUUUAUCUAUUUUUUUAUUUUAUUUUUAAAUCUGAGUAUUGGCAAGAAAUGUUAAUAUAGCAACAACCUUUAAGUAACUGACCAUGACUUCAAAUACACAAAAGUGCAUACUGUUGGCUUCAGCGAAUGUAAAGGUCAUUAACAAUAAAUAUAUGCUUGUAAGACAUGAGUCUCAUGGGGCACCAGCAGAGGUUGAAUAAUCCAUAAAUAAGAAUAUAUUCUCCCACACAUCCUUCCACAGUCCAGUUUAAUUUAAUUUAUCUUUAUUCAAAUAAUGCACAAGGCUUAAUUUCCAUUCUCCAUUGGCAUUGACCCUUAUGUACAUGAUACUAAUUCCUGCUGCAAUUGGCCAUUUUAAGUGUCAAGUAUUAGUAAGCCAGCACAAAGACUUUACUUUUAUACCACUUUUUUAUUGUUGAAAUAUUGUGGUAUAGGGUGGGGGUGUCUAUUCAUCAAAGAUGUCUUGCAUAAUUUAGGGAAAAUGGUAGAUCAUUUAAGUGAAUGAAUAAUAAUACAAUCAGAUUGAAAGGAUUACCCUUUAUCUCAUGCAAGAUCCUAAUUUGGGCAAAAUGUAACAAGGGACGUAGGUUCCAUUGUAACAUCUUGCCAUUUUCCAUCACUGGUUCCUAUUGCUCCAAACAAGCUGUAGUUUCCUUUUCACUGCUAUAGUUCAGCUCUACAUCACAAUAUCCUUCAUUGCUAUAGGUUGCUGUAUGUAUACUCAUAGAUUUAUUUUUUUAAGGAGACUGGGUAUACACCAUGCACAUUUUGUUUCAAAAACAAACAAAACUGAAGCUUGCAUGCAGGUAAUGCAUGGUCCAUUACCUUGUGUAGAUUUUUUUUUUUCCAUGCCAUUAAAUUUAGUAAAUUGUGGUUGGUCUGCUAGGGUCUGUACAUUCGUUUUUACGGUUUGUAUAUGUGUGCAUAUUGUAUAAUGCGUCUCAUUUCAGAUAUAUAGAUAUUAUGGGAUUGAAAUAGUCCUGCAUAUUUUGCAACUUAAUCUGUAUUCUUUUGUUUCCUUCUCAGGGUGUGUGCUUUGACAUUCGGCCCGACACUCUCCAGUCUAUGCAGGUAGGUUUCCUAUUCUCUAAACUUUAAGGUGCCAAUGUGUGUCUUAACCAUCUAGUUUAACAUUAACAAGGAAAUGCCCGGCAAAUAAAAAAAAAUAGUAUUUCAGUGCAUGUAACUAAAUUAAUAUGAAGGUGAAUGCAAACUUGACCAACAGAUCAAAGUGAUACUUUAAAAUAAAAAGAAAAGAGAAGCCGCAAUGGUGGUAGGAUUUUGGUAGUAGAAGAAUGAAGCCCAAUGCAUGCUUGAUAGGAAAGAAAAAAGAAUGCAGAAAGCUAAACAGAAGAAAAAGUAAAGUGGCAUUAAAGGAGUGAAUACUGAUGGACAAUAUGCCAUUUGAUAGUAGUGAACUCUUGUUUCUGAACCGGCCACGCCAAACAUUAAAUAGGGUACCCUAGUCUGAAAGCACCAUCCAAAAUUACAUGGAAAGUCUUCUGAAGAAAUAAACGAAUUACCCCAACAGAAUUAUCUAGGGCUGUUUGUUAGAUAAUACUAAGGAAAUGAUAAUUAUCUUGUGGUUUUUCCAGCCACGAUCCAAACCCCCAAAGGUGGUAGGCAAAGCAUCUUCCAAUAAAACUGUCAAGAGAUUUGGCCUUAAAUUUAUGAAGAAUCAUGGCUUUAUUUUAUAUUAAGUUGGUAGAGCAAUUUUAUGUAAGAUCAUGGUUGCCUGUUCGAAGGUACAUUUAUCAGAAGUUCUGGAAGACUUCAGAAUUCUGCCUUUCUGGACAGAAUGGCUGUCACUUCCAUAUUUGGAAAGGUGUAUCCUCCUUGCCUUACAUCUUACAUCUGUCAGACUAAAUUUUGGUACCGGUGUUAGAGAAGUGUAUAUGAAGUCUCUAGUGGACAUAAAAUAUGGUGUCAUCUUACAGUGAGAUGCUUAACAUUUGCUCCCAAGUAUUUCAGCAUUUAAACAAAAAUUACUAGAUCCAGAAAACGCAUAUGUUGAUGGUACAAGCACUGUAUAAUGUCUGUCAAAUUUCCUUCAAUUAUUUGGCUCGCAGGUAUGCAACAACAAAUCUGGAUCAGACAGUCCAACCAGUAGGAGCUUUCUUGCACUUGGCUAAAAGACUAACACCUGAAGGGCAAAUAUUUGCUUCUACUGGAUAUGAGACAAAACUAUUAAUGCAGAUACCAAAAACUUUUUAAACUCUGAAAACUUUUAAAAUGGCAUUUGAUUAGCUUUUUUUUGUUUUAUUAUUCUAUAUAUUCUCCAUUGUUUUUUGGAAACCAUGUUGGAAUGUAUUGCAGGCAAUGUGUACCAGAAAUGCCGUAUGCCUGUCCUUUUGGUUUGCAGUUUAACAAACUGAAAUACAUAUUUGCAGAGCUUGACAAGCCUCUGGAGUUUAGCAGCCAACAAUUACAUAUUUAGGAGAUAACCUAUUUUAGGAGCCAUUGAAGGGAUAAAUGUAUACUGUUGAAGCACUCAGUCAGUGGUUUGGGGCUAAGAGUACAUUUUUGUAGGACCUAUAGUGCCAGUAAUUCAUUGAGCUAUUUGAAAAAGUAUAGCUACAGAUAGCAGCAGCAUGUUUAUAAUUUCAUUUAUAUGAUGGUUUUGUUUUUUUUCUUUCACUCCGUAGGAAAAAUGGACAGAUUCCAGACGUUGGCAGUUUACAGUGGCUACCGUACUUCCUAAUAUACAACCAUCUAGGUCAGACAUGAGCGGACCAGGAAACCGAAGCUUUGGUGGCAGAGGAGGAAGAUCAAAUGACAGACGAAAUUCAUCAUUUGGAAGACGAGGCCGUGGAGGCAGAGGUGGAAGAGGUUCUGGAGGAAGAAGUUCAGGUGGUGGAUUUAGACGAGGACGUUAAAUACCACGGACUUGAAUUAAAUUAAUUUUUCUAUUCUGUUAUCGGAAAACCCUGCAAUGUACUGCUAAAGUUUACUGCCAUUCGACCAAUUGCUGAAACAUCCUUUGUACUUUUAACUUUUGGUAACGCUUUAUCCACUCGAUUAUUAAAGCUGAUGUUACAAAGCCCUUAAUAAAAAGAUAUAAUCUUUGUAUGUUUCUUAUCGUCUAUAGCUGAUUAAACAUCUAUUGCUGUUUUGAGGGAUCCGUAUUAAAAAAAAAAAAAUUUAAACUGCAAAAGGAAGAAGAAAAAUUUCUAAAAUAAAUUUUUGAGUGAAAGCUGUUUUAUUAAGUUCUGACUUGGUUACCAU